CGGUGCACAUGCCCUGCAGCCAGGGCGGAGCGAGCUGCCUAUGGGAGCGGAGCGAGCCGCCGAUGGCGGACAUUCGGCGCGCCGCCCGCCAACGACUCCCAAGCCUCCCCCAGCUGUCAAAAUGAAGUGGGAAGGGGGGGAGGCUGCCGGCACAGCUCCUCCCCCUUCCCCCAACGGCUCAGGGUAGGCUUGGGAGUUGCAGGCGGGCGGCACGCCAAAUGUCACCCCCCUCAGUGAAGACACCUGGGGUGAUCUGCCCCCACCCCCCACUCCUUCCUCUGCCCUUGAGAGGAAGUCUCAUUCCAGCCAGUUUGGAAUCGUUGGAAUGGGUUCCCCACCAUACAGGUGAAGUUGGAAAGCUGUCCAGCAAGACAAGAACAGGUCUGAGAAAAGGUAUAUUGAAACAGCAGGGGAACUGUUCAGCCAAGGGGUCAGUCUAGACCAGGGGUAGUCAACCUUUUUAUACCUUACCACCCACUAAUGCAUCUUUCUUGAUGGUAAAAUUUCCUUACCGCCCACCACUGCUCUAUGGAAGAAGGAUUCAGCUUGUGCCGUAGAACCCCCUACUGCCCACCUAGAAUCCUGAAACGCCCACUAGUGGGUGGUAGGGACCAGGUUAACAACCCCUGGUCUAGAGCAAAAAGAGCUAGGCAGAAAGUGUGUCACUAGAAGGCAGAAGACAAGCAGUUUCAUAGCUUGCAUACUGCCUUACCCUGCUGCAGCAUGCUGAUCUAAGGCACCUCCAUAUGAAUUUUUUAUCGUACAUUAAUUAUUAUUUGUGCUCUUGAUGCUAGUGGGGUGAUCCCACACGAUCCCACUAUCAAUACUGUUGGCUCUUGGAAAACCUCUGGGGUGAUUACACUUUUUCAUUUCCAAUCAGUGUGUAUCCCAUAACCUCUUGCUGAAAUCCCAUGACUUCUUGUACCACAAAUGUUCUGUUUUUAUUUUUGUCUUGCUUUUGUUAUGCUAUAGCUGGCAGCACUGGGGAAGCAUCAUGGUACAAACUAAAGCAGAAUAAAUUCACCACUCACUGUUACUGCAUCCAGAAUAUAUUGCAGAAUGUACCCACAAGAGAACACCAGACUGAUUGUUAUUAUGUCCUGAUGUGUAAAACCACAGAAUUCAAAGAGGGUGUAAAGUACUUUCUUUUUUCCAUGGCUGUAUGUGUGGUAGGGUGCCCAUGCUACAAAUUUGUAUUGACUUCCUAAAAACUUGUAACAUGGGCACCAUACUGGGGCAUCCCCAAAUAGUGCUGAAAUACAAGCUUAUUUUAUGGUAUAUAAAUUAGUGCUUGCUACUGCUCUUGCUAUUGUUUAACACUGAUAUAGUGAGCGCAAUUUGCCAGAGCCUGUUUAAAUAGAAAGAGCCUGACCGAGUUGGCAUGUGCAGUUGCCCUAUGAGCUCAACUCUGUCCUUGUGGGAAGUCUACCAGCAUGAUGAAGGGGUUGGUGGCAGUAAACUGCACAUGCAACAGUGUGAUUGGAUUGUGACCUAUAUGUUUUAAAGUUUUAGCUAAUAUUUUAAAUUGCAGUAUAAAUACUUGCCAUUUUCUGGUGUAGCAAUUUUCUGAAUGAUACUCUUUUCAUUUCAAGUAAAACGCACGCUAAAAAAAUUAUAGAUACAAUUUCUAAAAUGGAUGAAGAGUUCAAUAAGGAAGCACCUGCCUGUACCUUACAGAAUUCUGCCGAAGCAUUGAUUUCUCUUCAGCUAUCAGAUUUUAAAACAAAUUUUCUGGAGGCAGUAGAAGAAUUGCGUAUGAGAAGGGUAGGCACUUAUUUACUUAUAUUUCUAGCUAAUUUGGAAAUGUAAAGCAAUUAAAGACAUUCUUAUUCCUAAGCCUUUUAACUUUUUUUUUUAGCUUUUUAAUGUUAUUUUUGUAUUUAUAGUUUUAGUCCCUGAUUAAUCUGAUGGUGAUUAUUUAGCUUGCAUUUGAGGUAUUAAUUUUAUGUUACUGCUGAUGUUGAUGCUUUUCCUCCCCCCCCCCUCGUUAACUGGCUGCGUUACUGCUUAUUCUUUGUAUUUUUCUGGAUUUUUUUUACAUGUUUUAAUGAAUUAUAUAUGUUUUAUAUUCUGUUGUACAUUAUCAAGAGGCUCAUUGUAUGACGCAAUGGAUCAGUGUAACAAACAAAACAAGCAAAAUGAAAUAUACAGUAAAAUGUAUUAAAAUUUAUCCAUGCUUGGUUAGUCUUUGCCAUUGGAAGCCAACCCAAACUGGGUUUUACACAGCUUUUACAAAAUGCUAUAUUGGUCGCUAGUAGAAAGGAGUUCCACAGUCAUAAGAAUGCAUUUCUUAUGCACAGCCUUGCUAUUCAACAUGAAUGGUAUAAUCAAAAGGUGGAGAAAGGUGGUUUUUAUGGAUUUAAGUGUCUUUAACCCUCAGGGCUGGGGUUGAAAGUGUGGUUCCCAUUGGUUCAGUGGCAACCUUGAGGUCAUCUGUUGCUUCCCACAAAUCGUCUGAGCCUUCCCAUGCACUUUUCCUCCCUUGAAAAGUACACAGAGCUGAAGGAAGAAGUUGGAAGAGUGAUGAUAUUCCCCACUACACAUUGCAGUUCUGUUUGCUUUCCUUCUGGAUCUGACUUUUACUGAGAUCCCUUGGAAAACCAGACUUUAUGUGCAUGCACUUCCUCUCUUUCUGUCACUUACAGUACUUUGCAUGUCCAUGUGUCCAUGUAUGUGAUUGACUGCAGAAUAGAGAUGUGAUCAGAGGGAGUGGUGCCCACACAUUGAACUCAAAUGUGCCCAUAGGCCUAAAACGAUUGGCAGCUCUUCCCUUGAGGAAUUUCACAGGUUAAAAGGAGCGGUGAAAGUGGCAAGAAAUGAGGAUCCUGGAUACUGGCAAAACACAAUGGAACAUUGGGAAAAGGACAUUUAAACACCAUAAUCACUUAGCUUUGAUACUGCUAUAACAUUGAUUAGGAAAUGCCUGGUAAAACACAUAUAUCACUUUAAUCACUGGUCAAAGCCAACUGAAGCUUUUUGGCAAUCCUUAAGGGCUCCAAAUAGUAGGCAUUACAGUAGUUUAUGCUUGAUGUUAGUGACGUUUCAGUGAUGGUUUAAGGUCUGCAUCAGUGCCCCCCCCCCUUUGUAGGUACAACUGCCAUCUACAUUAUGUAAGCUCACAGGAUCCUAUAUUUUGUUUUUAAGAAGUUACUUUCUUUUAAUUCACAAAUGUAAAUACUUUUGCAUAUCUAGGAGGUCUCAUGAGUAUGUAUAAGCCAUUACCUUACUUUUGAGUGGCCCUGUGUUGCUUACAAACUGAUAAGUACUCAUCCACUUAAGUUCACUAUUAGAGGGAACAAGUUGGACUUGCACAAAAUGUUGUGAUGUAUCUCCCCUCCCAAUAUAAUAUUCUUUUCAAGCAUAACAUCCAGUAUUUACAGACACAUGUCUCAUUUUUUAUAUUCUGUCACUCCAAAUUCUGUGACUAUUAAUCCUAUUAAUCAUUCUCAGACCACAUUGGGCUGGCUUUGGCCUUUCGGGGUUUUGAAAAAAGAUUAAUUCAAACCUUGUGGUUUCCCCUAGCAUACUGAUACCCUCUUCUUGUUUCUCUGUUUGGAGGCAUGUAAGAAGGCAUUGCCCUGAAAAACAUUAGAGACAGAAUAAAAGAGAUAGGUGUAGCUGCUAAAGGAAUCAGCUGUCCAGACUGAUCACAAGAUUCAGGAAAUAUUUUAAAACUGAGACUGGCCAUUCCCUGUGGCAUGGCUAAAGUGGUGAUAAUCCUAUGUCUCACAGUGAACUUGGUGCUGUGUUGUAGUGGCCUCAGCCGCUGUCCAAGUUCCUUCUAGCUGAGGACUUGAAUCCUGUUUGCACAUGCAUGACCUGUGGCAAUGGAAUAGUGCUGUGGGUAUCUUUGUUAUAACUGUACAUAACAGUGAAUUAUUCCUCUGUAUUGUUGUGCUCACUCCAGUUUUCUGAGCAUUGAAAAACAGGAAAGAGGGAAGAAGAAUAUGCUCCUUUCUAGAAGAAAACUCUGGCCAUUACCUUAGUUAUACAAGAACCAGCACUUCACUCUCACCAAUGGCAAUCCGUUCAAUGAAAGGGAAUCUGCCAGGCUAAGUUUCAACCAGUUUGAGCCACUCUAGGGAUUCUUCUGUAUGGGUACUUAUUGUGAGAUUUGUGCUGCUGAUGUAUGCAAGCUAUUUGCAGCAUCCACAUAGUAGUGUUAGCAUCAGAAUGCCCCCUAUUGAAUUCAGAUUUCUGUUUUCCAGGAAAAAGCCAAUUAAGUUUUUAAAACACCAUGUUGCCAGUUACCUGCUUAUAGUAUUAAGUCUCAUCAUGGAAGCAUCCUAGUAGUCUCUUUUUACAACCCCAGUCAUAAGCUGGACGGGGUGUGUCCUUCAGGCCACCCCCUCAUCUAAUUACACUUACAUAAGCCGUUUUGUGUGCAAGGGCAGUUACUUUGCAGCAUGGCCUGAAGAAAUAUCUCAGGCAUUACCAGUUCUUAAUUGUACUUAAGUAUCAUGCAUGGUUAGAGAAACAACCUAUUCAUGCAUUAGCUAUCUCCACUCUUUAAAAUUUUGUUUCCUUGUUGCUGCCUAUUAUCUGUGUCUGGGGACCAGGGACAGAGCCCACUCCUUUUAUUUUAAAACGUGCUAUAGUGGGCUUUGAACUUUAGAAAUGUUCUUUAGGUACAGGUAACUCACAACUUAUGCUCAUUUAACUUGUGCACAUUUAGCUUUACAGUACAUGGUUGGCAAAAUUAAAAAUAAAAAGGGGGCAGAAAGGGGUUGGGCAUCUGGGAAAAGACUUUUCAAGCCUACCCACUAGUGAACCACAUGUGUUUUGACUAUACUUGAUUUUUGUUUUAUGUGCUGUCCCUGGAAUGUAACCCCAAGUUGAGUUUCGCCUGUACAGUACUAACUAGUUUUGCUUCAACAUCUAGUUUAUGUAGGCCCAUUGCAGGGUGUCCUAAAACAGACUGUGAAGUAAUUUGGAAGUCUGAGAACUGUUUGAUUGAGCAGCAUGAAAGAAAUGGAUUUUGCAAUUUCGUAGGAGGUGGAUUAUGAGUUUGAAAAAGAUGGUAAAAGUACCUAGUUUGGGUUGCUUGGAUGUGAGCCAGCUGUACUCUGUUCCUAAAUCUGUUCAGGGUCAAGAAUCAGGGGGGCUUGACCAAUGUACAGCCUAUCUUGUAAAACUACAGCCUGAAGCAAGCACUUUACAAAGGCUUGACACUUUCUAAAGGUUAUAACGAGUAAAUAAACCAUCAAAUGACUCCUCUUUUAUUGUUAUGGUGGUGUUUUUGUAAAAACACUUAAAUCCUUGUAGUCCUAAGGCAGCUAAUAAAAUAUCAAGACUUCUAAAGGUUUUGUGUCUCUUGUUAUCAUCUUAAAAUUAUAUACAGUUUUCCUCCUAAACAUAAGAAAGUUUUCUUUUUAAUGUGUUGCAUGGAUGUUUCAAGGUAGAAUGUAUAAGUUUUUAAAAGUUCCAGUUUAGAAUGAAGGGGGAGGGGACUAACAGUGGUGAACUGAAGACCGGCUAAAGUUAUUUGUUUAAUUUUAAAAACUCUUAAAUCUUUUAGGGAGCAAUCCUAACCCAAAACUUGUGCUCCUGGAGGGGAUUAGUAUCGAGCAGAGGUAUCCCUCCACCUUCUUCCACCUGCCCGGAAACCUAUGUCCCCACUGUGGAAGGAUGUGUGGAUCCAGAAUUGCCCUCCACAGUCACUUACAGACUCACGGUUAAGACCGUGCUCAUGAAAGACAAUCUUACUUGGUGAUGAGUGAUCACCGAAGAAGAAGAAGAAGAAGAAGAAGAAGAAGAAGAAGAAGAACUGGUUAGGAGGAUCAGGUAUCCUGGAACACCCUGCUGUAGUUUCUAAAGGUGCAAACUAUUUGAUAUACUGCUGGUGCAAGGCUCUGAAGCGGCAUUUUGGAGAUGGGGCAGAGCUGGGCUGGCUAAGGAUGUUCUGGAUCCUAAGCCAAUCCAUUCACAAGUAAGGACCUGAUCUGCAGGCCAGUGGUAGACAACAGCGAAAACGGAAAUAACAAAGCCCUUGCCUUUGAGUGGCAUGAGGCAGCAGCGUUUUGGAUGCAGCAGUGGUUCUGCAACUCUGACUCCCUAGAAUAAUAGAAUUGUAGAGUUGGAAGGGACCCCAAGGCUCAUCUAGUCCUUUCCCCUGAAAUGCAGGAAUCUCAACAGGAUCAUAAAUGACAGAUGGCCAUCCACCCUCUGCUUAAAAACCUCCAAGGAAGGAGAGUCCACCUCUCCUGGGACUCCAUUCCACUGUCAAACAGCUCUUGCUGUAAGAAAGUUCUUCCUGAUGUUUAGUCAAAAUCUCCUUUCUUGUACCUUAAAUCUUUUUGUUUGGGUCCCAGUCUCUGGAGCAGGAGAAACCAAACUUGUUCCCUCUUCCAUGUGACAACCCUUUAGAUAUUUGAAGAUGACUAUGAUAUCUUCUAUCAUUCUCCUCUUUACCAGGCUAAACAUACCCAAUUCCCUCAACCAUUCUUCAUAAGGCUUGGUUUCCAGACCUUUUAUCAUAUUCGUCACCCUCUUCAGCACAUGUUCCAGCUUCUCAAUAUCCUUCUUUAGUUGUGGUGCCCAGUACUGAACACAGUACUCCCGGCAAUAUAUUAUAUUUGUGCUUCUGGUUCUUCCACCCCAAGCGCAGAACCUUAUAUUUGUCCCUAUUGAAAUUAAUUUUGUUAAUAUUGGCCCAGUUCUCUUAUUGUGCUUCCUCCUCACUAUUGCUCCUUUUCAUUCAACUUUAUGCACACUGUUUGCAAACUUUAUGAAAGAAGUGAGACGCAAGUUGAAGGAGGAAGUUCAAGUUUGCAGCUUCUGUUCUUCCCAUUCAAAUAUUUUGUUGUAGUUUAAAUCAUAUAGGGUUAAUUCCAUGUGCCACUAGAUGCAUGAAUUGUGUGGGAACAGAUCAGUGGAGGUGAUAAUUUGUUGCUCCUUGUGCUGAUGCAUAUUUAAGCAACUGUCAGUGGGCAGUUCACCAGCAGAAUAAUUUGUACACAGUGGAAACAAAGUUUUCUUUCAUUUCCACUUUUCUUCUCCUUCCUUUCCUUCAAAUUUAAGUCAAGUGCUGGUCUCCUAAAAUGUCAUUAUUUCUAAACAAUUCCUAAGCAAUCUUAUAACCCAAUCCUAAUGAACUUCCAAGUAAGUUGCUUAGAUCCAGAAAUGCUAACAAGACAUACUAUUAGCUAUAGUAGCUCCCACUGUCAAAUAGAAAUGGAAGAGAAUUUUGUUUGGUCUGCAUUUUUAAGCGAAAUGACCUAAUUUGCACAUCCCAGAUUAAUAAAUGAACCGGAACAUUAUUAUCCUUCAGAUCUGCACUUCUGUGAAUUUUGCAAUACAGUUCUUUGCUCACAUAAUGCAUCAAAGUGUAUAAAAUACAUUAGGGUAAAAUACAUUUUGAAAUGUGUGCAUUGAGAUAAAAUAUGUAUUUAAACGUGCAUUGUGUGACAAAAACUUAUUUAAAUAUGGAUUUAAAUAAUUGAUUUUGUAUGGAUUUUUUUAAAAAUUACAGAUCACUGCAGAAUUGGGACAGAAUUGACAUGUAGAAUUGACAUAGAAAUAGGAAAUUGAUUGAUCGGUCCAUCCCUGCUGUCAAACAGCAGCCUACUUCUUAAAUUUUCCACACUAUAGAAAGUGGUUUCCUGCUGGAAGCUGUAGGCAAUACCCCAGACUUAUGUAGCUUGGAAGCACCCCUCCUCUGUUAACCAUUUAGCAUCACCCUGUCCAUUUGUGGCAAUGCCAGAAAUAAUUCUGUAUAAUAUAGAAACACAUUUAUAAACAGGCACACAGUUGUCUUUACUAAGGUCUGAAGUUGGCACUACCUGCACCCGGUUGCGUGUAGCAUUUUAAUUUAAAAUAAAUAAAUAAAUAACAGCUGAUGUCAAGAAUAGAAAAGGGGAGGGAGGGAGGUUUUCUUAACUCUUUCCCAUCUGACCAUUUUUCUGCUUAAAAUUGCCCUUCCCCAGUUGCUUCUCCUGGGGGGGGGGGGGGUGGAAUACACAAGUACACUUUACUGACUGUUUUCUACAGGAUUUUUACUAAUAAUGUAUCAUGUUUCAGCUUUUCAUUAAUGCGUGCUUUACUCGUAGCACAUUUUAACAGCAUUUGUAAAUAAAUUGUUUGAGAGCAUACUCCCCCUUUUCUGAAAAGUCAUAGGGUAAUCAAAAUAAUUGGCUUUUGUCCCUGAUGGGGGAGUAAUAGAAGAUGCAUCUGGAUUCAGUGUUUAUAGAUAAUUAUAAGAAAACUAUUUUGUUGUAGUUACAGAAUAUUACUCACUUAGGGAGUGCAGAAAGGUUUUUUAUGAGCUUUUAUAUUUUUGUGUUUAUCUGCCUUACUUUUACACCGCAUGACAUUUGUAAUAUUCUGCAAACAAUACUAUAAUCACAGAAGCAAAGGCUUUGCGGUUUUGUGACAGUAGAUAAAAAUCAAGCAGUCAGAGGAUUGGCAGAAACCCCUUUCUGAAACCCUAGAGAACUGUUGCUAGUCAUUGUAGGCAAUACGGCAGAGCUAGAUAGAUAGGCGGUUUGACUCAGUAUAAGAUGGCUUUCUGUAUUCAUAACUUUAGUAUUGGUUAUAGUAUAACACAUAAUAACAAUCUGAACAUGUUAAGAUUAAAACAUUUGGCUGCAACAUCAGGUCGGUAACCAACACUCCUGGUUUUCAACUCAGAUUGAAAGAUGCUAUUGCUAUCAAUUGUAGUAAACAGGUAAGUUGGAAUUGAUGGUAGUUGAAGGAGCACAGACCCGAUCUCUAGACGAAAGAGAAGGCCUUGCAUUACUGAUGAUGUUUGUGCUCUUCUGGCUAACCAGACUCAUUGUUUGCAAGGGCUUCUGGACCAGGUUUUGCUUCUGAAUUCUCAGGUCGCAACUUUGUCUAGGGUUGACUUUUUUCAGUUGCAUCUACUGUGACCUUCUCUGGAAAAUAGGUAUCUUACAGCAAAUGAUUCAUACUUUUGUAGAUUGGCUCUAAUUGGGAUAUUCUUUGAAUAGCAUUUGGGAGCUUCAGUGAAUAUAAAACAAAGAAGCCUGUCUUCUGACAGAAGUGGGUCAGUGGGAACAUAAAGCUUGUCUUGCAAAAAUUGUGCAAUUAACUAUUAGCUUUCAGAUACAGAUAGAGGGGCUGGUUUUGACCUAUAAAUCUGUUGAGGCUUUGAAAUCCACAUAUCUCAGGAAGCAUUUCAGCCAAUAUGAACUCUCCCUCCUGUCAUAUUAAUCCUCCUGUAUAAAAAACAUGUGAGGAAACUUUGUACUAAUAUAUGCAGUGUUAAAAGAAGCCUUUAUGGGGGAGUAUUUUUCUCUCCUCCCAUUUUCUUUUCUCCCUCUCUUUGAAACUUUCCUUUUAUUUCCACAGUCUUCUUUCUGUCUUCUUUUUUCAUUUGGGUUUUCCUGCUUAAUUUGAUUAUCUUUGUCUUAUGUGUAUGGAGGUAUUAAUGGUGGUUGGAUAUGUAAGUCUCAUUAAAAAUCCAUUGUUUUUAACUGGGAGGAACCUGUAUGUGAAAUCAGGAAGGCUAUGUUGAAGGAAAGGGAGGGGAGAAAUAAUAUGUGUUAAAAGUAUAUGUGUACUAAAGUGAAUUAAAUGCAAAUGAAAUAAGAUCUUGUGCACAGGCUGUGGUUCAUUGUAGUGGGCCCGAAUUUGAGGAACCUCUUAGGGUUCCUAUAGAAUCCUAACAUUUUGAGUUCACAUAUAAGAAGGUGGGACCACAUUUUAGCAUCAAGAAAGCACAGUGCUAGGGGAAGCUAAACCCCUUCCUUUUCUUACCUUCCCAUCAUUCUGGGCACUUUUUCCCAGCUGAAUGUCUAUAUCCAAAGUGAGUUGGACUGUGUAAUAGAUGGGGAAGAGAUAAUGGAGGGAUUGUUUUAGCUGUUCCUACCUGUCCACCCUUUCUGAUGUUAAAAUGAGACAUCCACCUCACAUCAUAUGAGAGCAACAUAGAUAUUGAUCAAACAAAUAUAAGUGUCCCAUCAUUUUUAAUUAGGUCUAGGAUACUCACCUUAAUUUCAUCCUGCUUUUCACUGCCCCCUUCCCAUUUGAGUCCCCCUUAAAUGCAUUUUUCUUGUAGCUAUCACUUUGCCCAGGAUCAUCUCAAGAGUUGAGAGCCUUGCCAGUGAAGGAAGAUUUACUUCUAUCCUGAUUGGGUCACCUUCUGGUUUUUUCUUCCUAGGUCAACUUUCUGUUUCUUAUUACAUUUAGGCCCCAUCUUUCCUCUAAGGAGCUAGUGGCGGAGCUUCAUGCUUCGGCACCGGGGGGGGCAGAGAAGGCAGGGGCGGGGCUGGCGCAUGGCCCGGGGAUGGGGCGCGCGUCCUGGGGGCAUGGCACCCAGCACGGGCAGGGGGGCAGCCAUGAUGGCACCCCACCAGGAUCGUGCUGCCAGGGGCGGUACGCUCCCCCCGCACUCCUCUUCCUCCGCCAGUGUAUGUGGCUCCCGCCUUCCCAUUUUAUCCUCACAACAACCCUGUGAGGUAGAUUAGAUUGAGAGACAGCGACUGGCCCAAGGUCACUCAUUGAGCUUCAUGGCUGAGAGGGUGUUUUUACCCAGGUCUUCAAGCUAAGGGAUGAUGUUGUGGGAAGGGCUGUAGCUCAGUGGCUGAACAUCUGCUUUUUGUGGUGGAAGUCUCAGGUUAACAUCCUGAUAUCUCCAGCUAUGGCUGAGAAUUUCUCCUAUCUAAAACCCUGAAUACCUGAUACCAGUAAGUGUGGACAGUACUGAGUUAGGCAUGGGUGUAGCCAAAGGGGGGGCGGGGCAGAGGGCAGCUGCCCCCCUAAAUCAAGUAAUUAAAUAGAAAUACUUAACAACUUGGUUCUGCCCCUCCCCCGAAACAUAAAUCCUGCCUAUGCCCAUGGAGCUAGGUGAAUCAAUGGUCUGCUUCAUUAUAAGGCAAUUUCCUGUGUUUUUAUGUCUGAUGAAAUUCCUCACAGCCGGAAGUUUGUGCACUGCCUGCCUCCAGUAUGAUUUUUCUUUUUUUAGGAUGAAGGAGCAGAAAAAUAUAUAUUGGUGAAAGAAUGGAUUGUUAUUAAUUGUAAACAGUUAUUGGUGAGAUUAUUAGUUUCUGCCACUUAAUAUUUGUUGUUUCUUAGCCUACUGGCUAAGAUCAAGUACAGUCAUACCUCGGGUUAAAUAUGCUUCGAGUUGAGCGCAUUUGAGUUGCGCUCCGCGGCAACUCGGAAGUAACAGAGCGCGUUACUUCUGGGUUUUGCCACUUGCGCAUGCGCAGAUGCUCAAAAUGACGUCAUGCGCAGAAGUGCCAUCGCUAGUUACGUUUACCCCUAGAUGCGAACGGGGCUCCGGAACAGAUCCCGUUCGUAUCUAGAGGUACCACUGUAUAAUAUUUGUCGUUUGAAGCGUUUAUUUUUUUAAAAAGGAAGCCAUUACACAGUACUGUGUGUUUCUAAUGUAUGCUUAAGACUAGAUGGAAUUUCUUCUUCCUAAUGAGUGAGACAUAUAUAUAAUUCUAUUCAGAGCACAAACAACUAUCCUAAUCUUAUUAACUAACAUUUCUUUGAAAAUGUUUUUUUAAAAAAACAAACAGUGACUAGUUUUUUGUAUGUUUUUGAAACUAGGAGACUGAAAGUCAAAAUGAGGAGCAAAUUAGCAAAUUUGUUGUUGAAGUACAGGAGCUUGAGUGGCAAAAGGUUAGUGUUCUUCAAACAGUUAAAACUUGAUAGCAUCUGUUCUUAGUAAUUUUGCCGUUGGAAUUAAUAUCAGUAUUGAAGAAUGUUAAAAUAUGGUUUCUAAUAUACAUGUUUCUAUAGUGUUCUGAGGUUUUGUGGAAGCACUGUCAAUAGAAUUUAUAAAAUGUGUGUUUCUAAAGUCUUUGCUCUAAAGAGAUGUAGGAUUUGGCAUAUUUAGUGAUUUGUUCUGUCAAAAUUAAAUGUGAAGAACCAUUAUAUGAGGUACUUUGAAUGCAGUACAUUUGGUUCUAGCCAGUUUUAUACUGCACCUUCACUCUUCUCUGAAUCCAGAAAACACAGAGCACAGCUGUGUGUCUUCAAUUAUCCUUGGCUUUACAGGCAACCAUAACAUUUUGUACGGAAAUUGGAAUGCAAGUUGUCUCCUUAGGCACCAUACGUUCUCUUGUUGCACUGCUGCUGUGGAUGAGGGUGGCAGUUUUUAAAAAUGCAAUUCUAAAUAAGCUGUAAAUAUUACUAUCUCAUGUGUACAUACCUUAAAGUAAAUGAGCGUUAUAAUAGCAUUUUCAUUCAGGUCCAAAUUCAUAGAGUUAAAUUUUAAUAGAAAUGAAUUUCUUCUGACUACACUAAUAUACCUAUUCUUUUUCUUCUUGGUAGGAAGAUUUGUUGCAAGUGUUGUUAUUAUUCUUGUAUGCCUUCUUUAAUCAUUAUUUGAUUACUUAUCUUCAUUUUUUUGAAUUUUUUAUUUAUGAUUUUCAGGUUUAUACAUCUCACUAAUUUUCACUAAUUUGAUUAUUUAUUUUUAACCAAGAAAACUUGAAAAUGAAAAUUUUUCUUAAUGUAUAAUGAAUGACACAUCUUACUUUAAAUAUGUUUAUAUAUUCCUUUUUAACUGUCUUGUUCUGCUUUAAUUUAAAUUGUCAAAUAAUAGGUAGCUCUUCAGCAUCAUAAAGAAGCAUUAAACAAACAGCAUACAGAAGCCAUGACAGCUAUUAAAAAAGAGGUACUCAAUGAGUCUUUCUUCUCAGCAGUAAUAUAUAACAAGUGGUAUUGUCAUUCAUAUUCUCAAGACCAGUUAAGUUGAACUACUCAAAAACAACAAGCCUGAUCUAGUCUCAGCUAUAAUGAGAGCCUUGUUGUUGGUGAUGAGUAUGUACAUGAAGUUCCUUGAAGUUGGGGAGGUGGAUAGGAAUGACUCAAUUUUUGAUAGGAAUGAAUCAAUUUUUGAAAAUGUACUACCUUAAAUAAAAAGUUACACAUGUUGUUUGAUCAUACUAUUUAAAUUUGUUUCCUUCUUGUGGCAAUUCUAGUUCCAAUCAAGACUAUUUGCUGCAGAAGAAGAAAAGGUAAUGAUAUGACUCAUUUGUCAAAAAAAAGCAUAGUCAGUUAGUGGUUGGGAUUCAGAGUGCUUAGUGUGGGCUUCUAUGUGUUCAUGGGGAGUUUUCAGCUUUUCCCUUCCAGUGGCAGCCCUUGCAGCCACUGAAAAGUUCCCACCAAAGACCGAGGACUCUGUAGAGCAUCUCUGCAUGAGAAGUAUCAGGUGUUGCCUUGUGCAUAUAUCUAAUGCUUUGAUCAUAUUAGGGUUGCCAUAUGUCCGGUAAAUCCCAGACAUGUCCUCUUAGGGAGGGCCAACAUGCUGAUCUAGGUUUUGCUUUUUUCCAUUUUAAAGGAAAUGUCCAAGUUUGUUUGUUUAUGGGGUUUUUUUGGCUCAGACUCAGGUGCGGGCGGCUUGGGCAUGAGUUGUCUGGACUUUGUUUCCCUGGCUUGGACUAUCCUCUUUUUUGCACUUCAAGAUAUGGCAACCUUAGAUCAGGGGUCAGCAAACAUUUUCAGCAGGGAGCCAGUCCACUGUCCCUCAGACCAUGUGGGGGGUUGGACUAUAUUUUUUUUUUUUGGGGGGGAGAAUGAAUUCCUAUGCCCCACAAAUAACCCAGAGAUGCAUUUUAAAUAAAAGCACACAUUCUACUCAUGUAAAAAUACCAGGCAGGCCCCACAAAUAACCCAGAGAUGCAUUUUAAAUAAAAGGACACAUUCUACUCAUGUAAAAACAUGCUGAUUCCUGGACUGUCCGCGGGCUGGAUUUAGAAGACGAUUAGGCUGCAUCCGGCCCCCAGGCCUUAGUUUGCCUACCCAUGCCCUAGAUCAUAUACAAAAGCUGUAAGAGAUUCCAACCUGAGUAAGGCAUAAAGAUACCAAAGAUUGUUAUCAUAGUAUCCCCAUAAAGUUUGUUGAGUAACACUUUUGGAAGUAGCCUAAAUCUUUGAGCACAACUUUUACAUUAGUAAAUUGUUAUAGUAGAUUAUCUGACAAAUGCAAAAAGAAAAAUGCGUGUGUAAAACUUAAUGCAGAGUCUCCUCAAAUUCUGUGACCUCAAGCUGAUGGCUGAAAAAGUGGAAGCAUAUUUCACACCAAAUCAGGAGUGAAUGUUCAUCCAGUGCUACAAAGUAAACACACUGUGGAUUAGUAUUUUUAACUGAAAAGAGUAUAAAAAUUGAAAAUGUCAGAGUUUGCAAAGUGUUGUGUUAAUACAGUUCCUUGCACCAUUGAACAGAACAUGUGGAUAAUUUUGUAACAAUUGCAUGAUAGUGAUCAGUUAUAUGAUCCAACAGAGAGGGAGUAAGCAGAGCAGCAACGCUGCAGAAUAAUCUAAAGACAAGGGGCAGUGUAUUUUUCCGUAAAAGAGUCGUCUCAAUAGUCUCUGAAUAGAGAAUGUGGCAUAUUUAUUUUGAGGAAGUAAUGUUGAAGUCAACUGAAUGAUGACAGGAUCCAUUAGGGAUCCAUUAGUAGGCUUUUAUCACUCUUUAUUUGAACCCACUGUGCUUUAGUAUAGUGUGCUAUUGAAGUGAAUGGAGUUUUGUGUUGCAGUGUUUUGAAGAACAGAAGUAAUUAUCCUCAAGACAUUUGCAUAUAGAAUAGAUUAUGAUGUACAUAAUUAUUAAUACAUCUGAAGAGACCUGUUCUUAUGUCCCUUAGCUGAGAAAUUUGUCAUUUUAUAUUUCCUUUUUCUAACAAAAUAUUAUGUUUCUUUGAAGGGAAAAUGUUUACUUGCUAUGGAAUCAAAAGAAAGAGAAAUGGAAGGACUGAAAGAAACAUUAAAAAUGUUACAGGUACAUUAGCUCCACACUCAUGCAGCCUGAUUUAUUUGGGCCCUGUUGCAAUAGAGUGUCCAUGCAGCAGCCAAGACUGUGCAUGGUUAGUCGAGUAAAGCAAUUUGCAUUUCUACCAAUUAACAAUUAGUUGGUGGGGGAGCAGGGACACAAUGCAGCCCCCUACUUUCUUUCCCAAACAAGAGGUUGUCUAAUCCAGGACUUUUUGCAUGGCUCCUACAUUGGGCUGGGGAAUCUAUUCAAGUGAUCUUUUUCUGCUGUUCCUUGAAAGAGCUUAAGGCACCAUAUAACCACAGAAAAUAAAAUAAAUGACUCUUAUUACAAAAAAACUAUGAGGUAGAAUAGUCUUAGUAAUUGUCUCAACACUAUUCCUACUACAUCAGACUAGUUCUUUUGUCUUAUUUUGUAUAUACAAUUCCUCAUCUAGCGUUCUGUUUGCAUCUUAACUGAACUACACAUGCAGCAGACUCUCCAGAGUCCUGUGGAGCAAAAUGGCCAAGAAGACCUUUUCCACAAUUCCUCAGAUAGCCAAUAAAGAAAAUCAGGCAAGAGAAGGUAGCAGUUCUUCUCAGAGUUCCAUACUUACCUUGUCAUCUGUGUUUCUCAGAUUUAGUAAAACAAUUCAUUAGUCCAGAAAAAAUGAGGGUUUUUUCUCCCAUUAGGAAAUACCAUAUUUUUCGCUCUAUAACACGCACCCGACCAUAACACGCACAUAGUUUUUAGAGGAGGAAAACAAGAAAAAAAAAUAUUCUAAACGAAACAGUGGAUGUAUGAUUUUUUUGGUUCAUGCUGUGGCCACAGACGUGAUCUGACAGUGAGUUUGGGGUAGCCCAAUGCAAAAAUCCUGAGGAUCCAUGUGGAUCCAUGCUUUGUAACCACGUUUUUGCACAACUGUGGCCCCAAACAAUAGUGGGUGCAUGAUUUUUUUUGGUGCAAGCUGUAGCCAUGGACAUGCUAUGUGAUCUGAUGGUGAAUUUGGGUGACCCAGUGCAAAAAUCCUGAGGAUCCAUGUAGAUCCGUGCUUUGUAACCACGUUUUAAGGGGGGAGGGAAGGGAAAGCACUCAAGGGACAAGGAGCACGCGUGGGGUGUGUGGAGAAGGAUGCUGCUAAUAAUGCAGAAGAGGGGUAUAAGAGGAGAAGGCUCCUCUCCUCUCCCGCUUUGCUCCUUUAAAGCAAGCAGGCUCUCUGUCCCUCUCUCCUCCCCACUCAGCGUCUCUUCUUCCGCUUUGCUGUUUCAAAGCGAGCCACGGAGGAGGGAAGGAAGGGGAACCAUGGAUCCUCUGCUCACGACUGCAGCAGAUCCCCCCGCCAUCCGUAGGCAUUCGCUCCAUAACACGCACAGACAUUUCCCCUUACUUUCUAGGAGGAAAAAAGUGAGUGUUAUGGAGCAAAAAAUACGGUACUUCAUGAGAAAUCCACUCUUCAAUCCACUCUAUUUAAAGGAGUGACUUUCCCACAGAGCAUAGUUGCUCACUUUGUUAGAGGAGCAGUAAUUUUGCCAGCCUUUGAAAUCAACGCUCAUUUGGAUGAGAUUUACAAAACUCAUCCCAUUCAAUCAUUUUUAUGAAAUUGAUGCAGUUUUACAGUGCAGUAAAAUGGACGCGGGUGGCACUGUGGGUUAAACCACAGAGCCUAGGACUUGCUAAUCAGAAGGUCGGUGGUUCGAAUCCCCGCGACGGGGUGAGCUCCCAUUGCUCGGUCCCAGCUCCUGCCAACCCAGCAGUUUGAAAGCACGUCAAAGUGCAAGUAGAUAAAUAGGUACCGCUCCUGCUGGAAGGUAAACGGUAUUUCCGUGCGCUGCUCUGGUUCACCAGAAGCGGCUUAGUCAUGCUGGCCACAUGACCUGGAAGCUGUAUGCCGGCUCCCUCGGCCAAUAAAGCGAGAUGUGCGCCGCAACCCCAGAGUCGGUCACGACUGGACCUAAUGGUUAGGGGGUCCUUAAAAUGUUCACAGAACUUUCUUGAAUGAACAAGAAAAAAAAAAGAACCCAAGAAAAAAUUGGACUUACCAUGAAAUUUUAUUUUCCUUGGUAAAAUGAGAGCAAAUUACCCUGCUACAGUUCUGGGUGUGGGAUAGGAUCUUAGAAUAGUUAUCCCCUUGAUAUUCAUAGGAAUUCCUGUGGACAUCUUAUUUUUCUUCUUCUUUGGGAUUGACACAGCUAUUCUUUCAGGUUGUUAACAAUUAUACUUCUGAAGUUCAGUGUUAGGCUUGUUUAGUUCUUCUGAUGAAAAUUCCAGCCUUGUCUGCAGUAGUAGUAGGAGCUUCAUCCUAAAGUAAACAUUUCACCCCUCACCAGCAAGAACAAAACUUCACAGCAAGACACUUAAUUAAUUUCCCCUAAACAUUAACUCUGGAGUAAUUUAAUUAAAGAUAAUUGGGCUGCUCAAAUGAAAAUGAUUAAGUUAGAUUUGUUUGUUCUAAGUUGAAUAAGUUUUAUAAAAUAAGAUCGAUUUAGAAAGGGAAUCAAAUAAAAUAUUAGACUAGACCAGACCAGGAAAAUUAAAUUUAUUAAAGUAUAUUCUGAAAUCAUACAAAAACCAUUCAAACUUCCUCCAUGCUAUUAAACACUCAGACAUAUGUAAAUGUCAAGUUAAAGUUAAAUGUAAAUUUAACUGUUGACCAUAGGGCAUUUUCCCAACCCAAACUGUUCUUGCUGUUCUUCACGAUCCCUGAAUUACUCAAAAGUGCCUUUUCACUAUGCAACAGUGGACAUUUUGCUUGUCAUUAAUAUUGUGCUGAUUAUACUAGUUUCUCAUUAACUUUAUAGAUAGCUUGAUUAUGUUGAUGCCGUUCCUUUUUUUUUUAAAUAAUCUGGUUAAUGCUGAGAUUAUUUUAAAAGCAAUUCCUUCACAUUGCUGACCUUCUGUGCAAAAGGCUGAAAGGAUUUGUUAUGUCCUGCUCAAUUCAUGACACAGCACAAGUGAUAUAUAGUGUACUUCAUGGUUGGCUGAACAUGAUACAUGGACUGAAAGAGUAAUAAAUGCUCCCUUGCUUUUCUUAACUAAGAUAUAGUUGGGGGGGGGAGAGAAACCAUUCAGCAAUGGAAUCUGAUUUAAAUUCACCACAACAAAGGCAUUCAGUAAGUCAGUUUUCAGCCAACUGGUAUGUCAGAUGCACUAACAGCAGUUCAUGCAAACAUUUUAAUCAUAUGUACAACAAGCAGACCUGCACUCUAACACUGGAACUCGCACGAGAUAGCCAUUUUCCUUCUUUGAAGAGGCAAAUCAUAGGUUGAAACCCGAUGAAGAAGAGCUGGGUGUCAGGGGCUGGCGUGGUCUGGGAUCGUUCCCUCAGGUCCAGCCCUCCGCACCAGACUGCCAUUGGCCAAUUGGCUGACAUGGAGCAGGAUUUCAAGCCGGGAGUGCGAGCCGAAGCUCAUGUCCUGGCAAGGAGAGACCCCUACACACAGCCAUGCAUCGUCAGCCGGUGGGGGUGGGGGGAAAGCGCUGGCCGUCCCACAAAGCCACCGCACCCCUAAAAGGAGGUGAGCGGACUUCUGCUCAUUGAGGAACAGUAGUCUCAGGUUAAUUUGUUCUUCUGGUGGUACAUUGCUCAUAUGAGUAGAUUAUUCUACUCAUGAGCAAUAAUUUGUAGAAGUGAGCUCAUUCAGGUUUAGCCUGCUUCUAUGCUCUACUACACAUUGGCAGCAAAGCACAGGAUCAAUAUUUUUUCACCUUCGUCUGAUGCUGGGAGUGGGACUUAGUCUCUCUACUGGCACAGUAGUGGUCAUGCCCCAGCAUUGUAGAGAAAUAUAGAGAUUCUUUUAGGUGGGUAGCGAUGAAAAUGAAACAAGACUGGCAUAAUAAGGAUAGCAUUUUGUGCCACAUUCUAAGGGGAACCAGGGUGACCUUGCUGCUUGCAUGGGUGCAAGGUUGUACUGGCAAAAUGGUACAAGAAACAGUAUGUGAACAGAUACUGAAGAAGGUGGUUUCCCUUCCAGUGAAUGAGAACUUACUUGUUUCAGCACAAGCCCCUGCUUGUACCACAAGGGUUGAUCAGUGCUUAGGACUGGGCUAUAAUAAUCAAUCUUACCUUAAUCUUUGAGUUAUACAAUUGGAAAUUUAGAAGCAGCCAGUUCUGCUCUGGCAAGAACUUCAGUGCAUAGAAAAGUCAUAGGAUGAUUGAAUGCAACAUUUAUUAUAUGCUGAUCCAUAAACCUGGCACAAGACUGUAAGCUUUAUUAUAUUCAUGCAGACGUACAGGUGAAAAGGAAAUGCAACAGGGGAAUAGUGUGGCCUUUCAGAGCCACAUUAUAUUAUACAUGUAGCAGCAGUGAGAAAAGUAAUAUGGCAUAAUACUGGGAGUUGAUGCCAUGAUCAACAUUCAUCUCCAGUAUUUUUUGCCUCGGUAGAGAAUGGUACCAGUAAACUUCCCUCUGUAGCAAAUAGCAGCUCAGGGCGGGAAGCAGUUUUCACUGGGACUGCAGUUCAGGAGGAAAGGAUUAGACCCAUUCCAUGCAUGCCAUGAUCUUACUCUAGGAAGCUGCAGAGUUUUAAAAAUGAUCAGCAAAUGACCUGUUUAUUGAGCAUUCUACUUGCUUGUUUUCAGUGAGAGUAGAUGAUGCUAUUAUUUACCGUAUUUUUUUGCUCUAUAAGACUCACUUUUCCCCUCCUAAAAAGUAAGGGGAAAUGUGUGUGCGUCUUAUGGAGCGAAUGCAGGCUGUGCAGCUAUCCCAGAAGCCAGAACAGCAAGAGGGAUUGCUGCUUUCACUGCGCAGCGAUCCCUCUUGCUGUUCUGGCUUCUGAGAUUCAGAAUAUUUUUUUUCUUGUUUUCCUCCUCCAAAAACUAGGUGCGUCUUGUGGUCUGGUGCAUCUUAUAGACCGAAAAAUACGGUAAUUCUGAUUUGGUUGUGGAGAAGUUAGAGGAAGCUGUGUCAAAACAAGUAUUAUUCCAGAGCAUUUUCCCAUCACUUUCCUUACUGCAAAAAAGUCUGAUCUUUUGGCAAAGAGGGUUUGUUGCACAAGACCUCCCCACCAAUUAUAAUUGUGCAACUUGAACUAGCCAGUAAGUGAUUGCAUCCCACGUGGAACUAGUGUUAGUGUGGAGGUGCACAGAGAUCCAGCUUCCAGUGGUGCAUUUUAUCAUUUGUGCCCAAGAAGGGUAUUAUAAACAUAAUGUGGGGAGAAGCUUUGAGGUGGAAUAAAUGGAAUAUGAUCACUAGAGCCUCAGUGAUAAGAAAAACUAAGCAAGGCAUAAAAAUAGAAAGAAAAUAGUUGUAAGGAGAAAGAUUGUUAAGAGAGCUGUUUUUUCUGAACACCUUUAUAAACAUGCUUGUAAACAGGCACAAAGUUGGACUCCUGAGAUGAGUAAAAUCAGUCAGGGAAACUUUACAAAAAUUGAGAAAUGAUGCAUUUCAUUGUCGUCACAGCAGUAUCCACUUUUUAAUGAUUUGCACAGACUCAAAAGAACUGUGCUUUCUCCCCUCUUCUCUCUCAAUGAAGAAAUAGAUGUCAUAGCAUCCACUCCAGUAAGAUAUACAUAGGCUGUGUAUACACUAUACUUUUAAAGCACAUUUGAAUCAUAUUCUUUCCCUCAAAGAAUUCUGGGCACUGUAGUUUACCCCUCUCAGAGUUACAAUUCCCACCAGCCCUUAACAAACUACAUGGCCCAGAAUUCUUUGAGGGGAAGAUGGAUUUCCAAAAUGCUUGAAAUGUAUAGGAUUUAUGCAGCCAGACUCAAAAGAACUGUGUUUUCCCCACUCUGUCUAAAGGCAAAAAUAGAUGAUAUGUUAGGCAUGUGUUUUUCCCUUGUGUAACUGUUGUGGUGUCUGUGCUUAAAAAAACAAGCAGCCUUGGAACGGGGUGGGGGUGGGGCACAGAAAAUCCAAGCAGGAUCAGGAAUGUGGUAGAGGGGUGGGUUAACUCUUUGCUUCCAUCAUUGUUCUAACUAUAAUAAUGCCCACCACUGCCAUUUGCAAUGGGGAGGAAAGCUGUCAUUGAUAUCAGUUGGUGCUUUCCUCCCAUUGUGAAUAGUUGUGCAGGAAGUCCAGUUCUGAUUAGUACCAGUCCAUGAUAGGGGCAAAGAGUUCAAGCUCCCCACCCACAUACCAAGGUUCCAUUAUGGUUCAACCCACUGCCUUCUUCUUUUUAACAGCUAUGUACCGUAACAGCUGCUUGGCAAAUGUUAUAUCCGGUUUGGCUUUCCAUGCUCAUGAGCAUACAUGUAGGCAGCAUGGUAGGUUGUUAGAGGCAAUGGGGCAUCCUAUGUGCACACUGCUCCCAUCCACAGCCAGCUUUCCUUCUUAAUUUAAUUUAUUUGUGCUCCAAGCACGGGUAGUCUGCACUAAGGAGAGGCAGAGAGGUGGAUGGUAAUGAGUACAGAGCCCCUUCUAACAUACUAGUGUUGCACCCAUGCCCAUAAGGAAGGUGGGAGGGGAUCAUGCCCUUGGUUCCCUCCACUUCCCUUUUUUUAACACCAUAAAUAAAUAACCUGAGUAUGUGUAAGCUGGCCGCCUAUUAGCAAUGUGGGUUUAUUUUCAAGGCUUUUCAUAAUAUAUGCAGGCAUUACAUUUCUGUUAUAAGUUUUACCACUUUUCCACUUCCUUGAAACUAGCAGAAUUACAAUUAAUUGCUAAUGCAUUUUAAAUCAUUAAUGGUUUUCAUUAUUACAGAUUUCAAAAUACUCUUUGCAAAAGAAGCUUAACGAAAUGGUAAGAGCUACAAUAGCUAUAAAAAUGUCAAAGGCUUGCAUCCUAAUUUUUUGCUUCUGUUCAUGUAAGGAUGGUUUCUCUCAUUAAAUGACCCCUUUCCAUGAACGCAACCAUCAUUCUGUGAGUGGAAGACCCUUUUUCAUGUAGCAAAAUGUUAGGGUUCUUUGCAUUUUAUAGUUACAGGUUAUAGAGGUGUUGGUAUAUAUUCAAAUAUCCUUCUGAGUAUUGCAGAGGUGCUUAUCCAAACUUCCCUUAAUCUUUGGAUUUAUUUAUUUAUUUGUUAACAAAAUUGGACUUUAUUUUGUGUAGCAUUAUUUUUCUAACUUUCCUUGCUAGUAUAAUAACUUAAGUGUUUGCGAGGAAAAUUACAUUUAAACUUUAUGGUUUGGUUAAACUUACUUCUUUUCAGGCUAAUAUUUAUAAUUAAAAUGGUAUGAAAGACGCAGUCAGUGUGUUACUCUUCUUCCAGUGUAACAUAGAAGAAUUAAGUGUGCCAGUUCAGUUUAGUCACUCUGCUGAACCACUUUUGAAAUUAAAGAGAGCUGUUGAAACAUUGCUAAGCUUGAUUGACUAAAAGCUGUGAAAAUUCUGCUGCUGCUCAACUGGAAAGAAUAAAGAUAAUAUUGUCAGACCAUUAUAAACUGUGAUUUUAAUUAAGAAGCUCAAAAACUAGAGUCCGGUUUAGCCUUAAGUACCAUGACAUUUGUACUGAAAGUCAUCUUCAACGCUACAGUGAUUUUACACAAAAUAUGGUGAAAUUGAAUAAUGUGUCCUUUGACCUGGGAGAUAAGGCUACAAGUUAAAGAUCAAAGGCAACAUAAAAUGUGUUUUGUCCUAUUUCACUUUUAAGUUAGGCUUCUUGUUUAAGAAGUAUGUGUAAUCUAUUUUAUCCAUACAAAUAUUAAAUUAAUGAUCAUGCAAAAUUAUUGCAAAUAAUCUAUUUAUUCUGAUAAACCAUGUCCAGCCUUGUAAACUGUUCCUGUGCUUGCAAAAAAAAUUGUUUGCAUAAAAUUUGUUGUACACAUCCAUAUGCACAAUUAAGAGGAAAGAGAUAAACUAUGUGACAAGUUAUGGCAUUUACUCAUGCAUAGAACUGCACCAGGAGAGGCUUGUUAGCUUUCUACUUAACAUGGCAGUCUAGGGUGUCUGCUUUUUGUGGAUACUCAAGUUAGUCCACUGUCUGAAACAACAGGCUGGGUGACUAUGCAAGAGAGGGUUUACUUACCACUACACACCCCAGCCUCUCCUUUCUAAUGGGAUAGGCUCCUCUCUUAAGCAGAAGUCCUCAGUUCAUGAACUGGCCCUAGCCUGCCAUUACAAAUGACUGAGACAUCUACCUGCUCUCCAAACAAGUCUCCUCAGUGGUAAUAAAGAAGCUACCAUUAAAAAAAUUCAUAUUCAUGCCAGCGUUAGGGCUGAGUUUCCUUUCAUAUCCAGAAUUUGGCUUUUGGUACAUGGUGAGUUCAGUACAUAUUACAGCUUAUCGCAUAGCGAAGUGAUUGCUUGGUUUCUCUGCUACUUAGGCAGAUUGCUUUUUAACUCACAGUGAAGUAGGGGAAUGUUAUUGACCUCAUCAUCAGUUGAAAAUAAUGUGGAAAACAAUAAGGCAGCUACUUGGUCACGCAGCAAGCUGAAAUGUGUAUUAAACCUGCUGCAUGGUUUUAGCUAGUCUCAUUGUGAGAACUGAGGCUUCACAAUAAAGUUAAAAGAGAAAAAGUAGUUUCAGAACUGAAGCCUUUAUAUUUUCGAAGUACCAAGAUGGGUGGCAUAAAUUUUAACAUCCAAAUUAAAUGAACGUAAGUUAUUUUGCAGCCAAUUAAAUGUAGACCCUUUGAAAAUAGUAAACUAGGAGCACACAUAGCAGGACAUAGCAUAACUGGGUGCAGCAUUUGCAGUUAUACUUACUAUGACAUGAAAUCACUGGGCAAGGCAUUUUAGAGUACAGGAACUUCCAAGCAGAAGAACAAGAGAUAAGCAGGGAUAGUUGAGAGCCAAUGCAAUAAUAGAACAAUAAAUGCAAGGAAAUAGUUCUGAGGUCAUUUUGACCAGAAGAGUGUUUGAAUAAUUAACCAUUAGAAAGACCCAAACUUAGAAGUCAUACUUGACCUUCUCAGGAACUAAAAUUUAUGAACUAGAAUCUGUUCAGUGGCUUAUGUUAUGAUAAAUUAGCGUAUAAUAUUGGUCUUGACAACUGAAUCCACACAUAUAUUCACUGUUAGUCUCUUAAACUUCUAUCUUUAGUUGUAUGCCCCCGCAAAGGAGUAUGUCAUUGAAAUGGAAUAUAAUCUGUUACUUACUAAUUUUGAAAAAAAAAGUGUCACCCUUCAAUAAAACAAUAUAAUAACACUAUAUAUAUGCUGCCCUGUGCUGCUUUGGAAGGAAGGGCAAAAUAUAAAUGUAAUACGAAUAAAGCAGUACAAAACCAAACAGCAGAAGCAGCAGUUUUUUAAAAAAAACUUACACAAUUCAACAGAUUGGAUAAAACCAUAGUUUAUAUUGGGUUACAUGAUAUGCUAAAAUGCCCUGGCAAGUACAACUUAUGACACCUAAAUGUAAUGUGUUUCUAAUGUUGUACACUGCCUUGAGAUCUUUUGAAAAAGGGUGGUAUAUGUAGCAGGGAGAGAAAUAGACAAGAGUCGCAGAUGAUGAUUGCAGAGUUCUGGCAACUUGUGUGGUAAAAGGGGGUCCUAAUCCAGCUGUUAGAGCUAGAAUUGUGCUUUGACAGUUUGGUUACCUAACUUCAGGGGACCAUCAGUCUUGUCUGUUUACACCAGGGGUGGGGGCCCUUUUUCUGCCAAGGACUGCAUUCCCUAGGGGUAAUUUUUUUGGGUCGCUUACUAGCUGUGGUUGAAGCUGGAGUUUGCAGUGGGAAGGAUUGGAGCCAGCAGUUGGUAGGUCUGAAGCCAAAAGUGGGUAGAGCAUCCCACUUUCCUCUUUGCGCCAUCCCUUUCCUCUGUCCCCGCUUUUCUUCCUUUAUCCUUUCCAUAUUAUAUCUGCCAUCUUACUCUAGCAGUGCACAAAGCAUGCUUCAGUAGAACAUUCCUGCUAGGCUUUAUCAUUGCUCUUUUUGAGUGUUACCCAAUCCUCUCAGGAAGCUGCACACUGCAGCAGGGGAAGAAUGAGAGUGGUGAGCAAACUACUUUUGGGAUAAACUUACCUGUCAUUGCCAAUCUUGGUGUUAAAGAACUUGGUUAAACUUCCAAGGAAUGCCUUUAGAAGGGGUAGCAAACUCACAUAUUGUGAUCACAUCCUGCCCCACUAGAGUUUCUUUAUGGCAAGAGUGGAGAACAUUUUUGGUCCAUAGUGAAAAGCUUUAUCACACCCUUCCCCUAUGCCUCUGCACUCUGUGCCUGCAUUUCUGUUUUAAAAAACAGCCAGGAGAUGGGUGGUGUGUGGAUCUCCCUGUAUCACACAUAGUUUGAUCUUUGUUAUUGGGGAGCAAGAGAAGUGCCUGCAUGCAAUUGCUUGGAGUUGUGGAAAUAAAAAUAAUAACAAAAUACAUAAUAAUAAAAAAUUAAUAUCUAGAAAGCUAAAAACAGAUUAAAGCACAUGUUGACACAUUUUGCCUGGGCUUCAAGACUGAAAGCGCUGGCUCUGACCAGGAAAGCCUCUGCUGAUUCUCUGUAUCACUUGUUGCCUUAUCCAUACCAUUAGCAAUGAUAUUCCUGACAGUGGGAGUGGGGAGGAAAUAGGGGAGGCACAGUUCUACAGUGGCUUCUGUCCUACCUUACAGGGAUCUUUAAUAACUGUGCUGGAAGAUUAUUGCCCUUCCACGUGGGAUGUCAGCACAAUUUCUAUGUAUGCUUAUUUAGAAGUAAGCUCCACUGUGUUCAAUGGGGCUUACCUCCCAAUAAGUGUGUUUAUCAUUCCUGCAUCGUCUAAUUUAUAAAGUUAAGACAUCAUUCCAUAUGAAAAGUUCGUCUUUAACUAUUUUCUUUUCUUUCUUUUCUUUAACACAGGAGCAAAAGUUGCAAUUACACGUGUUAGCAAAGGAGGACCAUCAGAAGAGUCUGAACGAAGUUGAAAAAUGCCAUACAGUUAUCACAUGUCAGCUGAGAAAAAUAAAAGAUGCUCAUGCGAGAUUAGAGCAGAAUGGUAAAUAAAUAUGUGAUGAACCUAAGACAUGAUCCAGCCCUUAUGUGUGAAGGCUGAGAAAUACAGCAAAACCCAUGGGAGCAGGGGAGAAUGACAGCUUACCCCUUAUUGGUGGUCUUCCACAAAUAUUUGAGGAUGAGAAGGAAGUGACUAGAUGGACAGAAAUGUAGUGGCACACUCACAGCCAGCAACUGGAUACAAGUACAGUGGUACCUCAGGUUACAUACGCUUCGGGUUACCUACGCUUCAGGUUACAUACGCUUCAGGUUACGGACUCCGCUAACCCAGAAAUAUUACCUCGGGUUAAGAGCUUUGCUUCAGGAUGAGAACAGAAAUUGUGCUCUGGUGCCGCAGCAGCAGCAGGAGGCCCCAUUAGCUAAAAUGUGCUUCAGGUUAAGAACAGUUUCAGGUUAACCUGAGGUACCACUGUACAAGAUUGAGGGAGGCAGGGAGCAGGACAUUUAAUCAGUUCAUAUUUGCUCCUCCCCAAGUCCUGAGAUGUGGCAUAUUAAUACAUUAUUAUUAUUAUUAUUAUUAUUAUUAUUAUUAUACUCUAUUUACAGCAAAAAACAAAACAUAAUGUCACUAUCAAUACAAAAAAUUAUAAAUUCAAGAUAAAAUUAACCAACCAGCCUUGACUAAUACCUAUGUAGUUCAUAAAUUGUGUCUAAUAGUACAUGCUGUUGUACAUCUUCCUUAUAUAGAUAGUGUCAGGUGGUUUAGUUGGUAGCCACACCAACUGUAGCUUGAUGACAGGGUGACAGAUGACCCAGACAAGCUGUUUAACAGAGGUAGGGGGGUGCUUCACAAACUGUUCUGUUAAGUGCCACCCCCCACCCCACAGCUGCGUCAAGGUUUAACAAGGUAGCAGGGCAGUACUUCAGAAAGCCACUUUCUAUAGCACCUGGUUAGCUAUGAGAGGGGAGAGGGGGUUUUGGGUUGACUGAUAGGGUUGGCCAGAUGUAACAGAAGGAGGAGUUGGCCUGGUGUAGGGGGAAAGGAGUGUUGGAAAUAUUUGUAAAGGGUUCGCUCUAACCGGGGAGAUUACUACUUAACCAAUCAGACAUUAAAGCACUCCUUCCCAUCACAAGUACACAGUUACAAAACACUGUCAUCAUCUGUAAACCACUCAAAAUCAUUUUUACUCAGAAUAGACCAAUUAAACAUUAAUUUAAUUUCAGAGGGUCUGCUCUGAGUAAAAUAUAGCUGAAUACCACCACCCUAUGUAUUACAUAUUCUUAAAAUUCUAUUCUUAAAAAUCGAUUAUCUUUUCAAAACAAAGAUGUAUGAGAUUUUAAUAUACUUUCAAUAUUUUAAGAUAAUUUCAGUAUAUGUGCAAAGUAAAUGCUUAAAAAUGUUAAAUAUAUUAUGAUUAUAUAUUAAAAUAUUCAAUAUAUAUUAGCUGGUUCUGUUCAACAAGAAAAUAAUGUAUUUCUUGUACUAACUUUUACUGCAGAGGAAAUUCAUAUGAUACUGCAGCAACAUUGGUAAUCACCAUGUAUAUUCUGAGCAUGAAACUACUGUCUCUUGAAAAGUCCUAUGGAAGGUCAUGUAUUGAACAAGAAAUGUCUUCCACUUUCCAAACUACUGAUAUUAAUCUCUUUUUGCUUAAUCACAUGUAAAAACUUGCUAGAUUUAUUCUUUUAUUCCCCUUCCUUCCCUCCUCUUCCCCUUCUUCAUAAAAAGGGAUUACCCGCUCUGGGAUCCCACAGCUAAUUCUCCCCUGGUAUCCUUGCUGGCCCAAAUAGGACUAAUUUAGCCAGAUAGCCCUGGUGAUCAUCUAAUGUUUAUUGGACGGAUUUCCCCCCUAAAUUGAUUUUUGAAUUCUGAGUUUAUUGUCAUUCACAUUUUAUACUGUAUUUCAUGCUGUUUUUUGUUGCAUCAAUUAAGUGUUUUAAAUUUGUUGUUAGCUGCCCUGAGCCCGGUUUUCUGAACUGGGAAGGGCGGGGUAUAAAUAAAAUAUUAUUAUUAUUAUUAUUAUUAUUAUUAUUAUGGUUUUAGGUUUUAUUUCAGUAUGCACCAAUUUUACGCUGCAUAAAUAUUUUACAAAUAUAUGGCAAGUGGGUGUCAAAACCCGAUUUCUAAAAAAACCCCUCCACCUAUCUCCAAUUUAAGAAGUGAAAUAUAUGAACUCUAUAGGACAAAAGUGGAAUAUAAAAGACACAUGGAAAUAAUAUAUGAAACUGAGUAAUCACACAUACAGCUGAUUACUCCUAUUUUCCAGAGGGAUUGUCAACAUCUGCCUCUGGACAUAAUUUCCCCACAAGAAAACAAACACAUACAGAUUCUGUAGGUUACAUUUAUUCUGUAGAAAAUUCAGACAUAAAAGUAUUUUAAUAUUAGUUCUUUACUUUUUUUAUCUUAUCCAAACCCAUUCAUAAGUUGUGGAAGCAAUUCAACUCAAUAAGAAAUUGAGAGCAGUGAACGCAAGACAAAAGUCUGAGAUAGAUAACCUAAAAGAGGUAGGUGUAUUGUAUUGUAUUUUAUUUAUUUAAUUAUAUAUCUAUCCCACCUCUUCUCAAAGUGGUUGGCAAAAAGCUAAAAAUGAAGGAAAUAUGAAAAGGCCACAACUUAUCCAGUUAAAUGUGUAUGAAAUAUAGAAAUAUAAAAUUACCAUAUAUCUGCUUAAUCCUGCUUAAGAGCAGCCUAAACAUGAAAGUUUUACAACACUUUCAGAAGGCAUGCAGACUUAGGUUUUAACAGACCCUAGGGGAGGUGUGUUCUAAAACGGAGGAGUGGUCACCAAAAAUAUCUCCCUCUGUAUCCUUGCUGUUUGAACUUUGUGAUUAUAAUCAAGAACGGAUGCUCAGCUCGUCUUAAAAGUCGCAGUGGAUUUUAUGUGAGAGAUUAGUCUCACAGGUCUGUUAGGCCUGAGCCAGCAAGAGAUUUGGAAGUCAAAGCCAGCAAGUAGAAUUGUGCCUUGAAAGUAACGGAAAGGCUCUGCAAUUGUUUUAUAGGCCCUUGGCAAUAUACUUGUGAGAGUAGGUGGGCUACACCAACUAGUAUUUGUAAACAGACAGUGUAAUGUAUUAAGGGUGAAUUGAUAUGACAGUGAAUGAUUGCAUGGGCUUUUCCAUGGAUCCCAUUAGCAUCCAGUUUUUAUGUAUACAUACAUACUUGUUCAGAUUGUGGGCAGUUCAGGCUGUAGUCAUAAGUCUUCAGAAACCAAAGAACCCAUAUGCAAGUGGAUACCUGGAGCUGGUGUGGUGAAAAAUUUGUAAAGAAACUGCCCUCUUCCCAUCUCUCCUGGGGAUGCAGCAGUAUUUCUGCAAUGUCACUCCUUAUCCCACUUCAAACUGCUAGGUACAUUAUAUUCCUCUACUAGAGUUAUGCAACAAACUAGCCCAGACAACAGCUUGAGCAACACCCAACUUUAUGCAAACAGAUGUCUCCUUUGCUUCCUCUCCCAUGCAUCCACCUGUGCUUCCCGAAUCUGCUCCAGAGGGUCCCAGGGUUCUGCCAACUGCUUCUGUUCUGCUGGCGGAGGGGCACUGUUGGAACUCUCUGUGAACAGAUUGCCCUCUGCCAGAACCAUAGCAGCUGAGCAACCUCUCUAAGCUCUUAAGAACCCUUCCCCAUCAUCAACAGGCAAAUAGAUGCCAAUACAAAAAAGAAACAGAAUUUCCACAAUAAUUUGAGUGUUUGUUUUCCAUACCGACAGGUUUUUGGGGAGGGGAGGAGUGAGAAUGAGAUCAGUGUUUAUGACAAUAUUUUAGCAUUCUUUUUUUUUGCAUUUUAAUAAGGUGUACAGCUUCUCAUUGGCAUAUUGUGCCUUUUAAAAUCCUUUCAAAAAUUAGCUGCAUUUUAUUAAUUUUAUUAAAUUGGUAGCUUGGGUAUUUGGGUAGCUUGGCAUUCAUAAAAUUCAGCAGCUCAGAUAAUAACCAUUUCUACUUUCCACUGUUAUAUGAUUUUGUCCAGAACAGUUAAACUAUUGGAUUGUGAUAAGGGGAAAUUCCACUUUUAUGAAGAAAAGUUAAACAGACCAAACUUAGUUGCUGCUAGAUAAAACUAUUGCCAUUCUGAAUGCUUGGUUCAGUGCUGUGGCAUCAUGAAGAAUUCUUGAUAUUAUCUACAAACAGCAUUCAUAACCUUUGCUAUUUGUCUGAGUAAACGUCAGAGCACUCAAGGAGAGAGAGAUACUGAACAGGCUACCCCAUACAAAAGAGGGAGGGGUGGGGGAAAGAUGCAAUAUUUAUGACUCCAGAGACUAUACAUUGUAAUUUAAUAAGAUCAAAGCCUGUACUGUUUAUUUGCUGUACUAGUUGCUUUAAACAAGCUAAGAAGGGCAGCAGACAGAAUUGUGAAAUAAAUAUAGUUGCAAAAUAUUAACAUUUUAAAGGUAAACACAGGUCAAAUAUAUUAAACUAAUGUAUUCUUAACUCUUCUGGGAUGAAGCAGUGAGAGUACUUAGAAUAAUUAGUGAUCUUCGUUUCUCCUUCUGUCAGUUGUUUAGAGUAGCAGCUCUUGUGGACUUUCUGGUAUCACUGCAACACACAGUAUCAGCCACAAACUAAUGCAGUGUUCAUUUAUUUCUAGUUAUAAAAAGGGCAACAGUGAAGCAUUAAAACACCUAUUUUUGUGAAAGCAGUGUAAAUCUAAAAUGUAAAAUACAUAUGGGUAACCACACAAGGGACCUGUAACUGUGAAACAUCAUUUCAAAGAUAAGCUGUCACUGUCAAUUUUAUUUAUAUUUAAUGCCAUUAAUAUUCUUGUCUCUGUAUUUUGCUUAGAAGGGCAUUAGUUGGAGGCGGAAAGAUGUUUUGUCUUGCUUGGCAUUGCAGAACUAAUCUUGGGUGAACUAUUUAUGGUUGUUUCCUUAUUAAGGAGCUAAAGAAAGUUACAGCAGACUUGAUAAGGUCCAAUGUCACUUGUCAGCACAGAGUGGGAGAUGAAAAUCUCAAUCUUACAGCAAAGGAAUGGGAGUUGAAAGAGCUACAGCAAAAAUAUUCAAUGGUAUUUGAUAAUUAUUUUUUGCCAGUUAAGAUUUCAUGUUAUUAAUUUAUAAAAAUAGAUCUAUACUGAUAUUUUAAUAGGUGUUUUCAGUGUGGUAGCACUGUUUUAAAUUCUAUAGUACUAGACAACUAUAGUAAAUAUGCAGUGCAGUGCACUGCUAGGUAGUUUAAUUUAAUAGUUCCUAUACUAUAUAUAGUAUAGUGUAUAGUAUAAUGGUCAUGCCGGAUGUUAAAAUCCUUUUCUAUUUUUCUGUGUAAAAUCUGUUAUAAUACUGUUGAAUGGUAAAUAUGGCUAUAUAAUAUUGUUAGGGUACAAUCCAUUUGCACUUUGCAUCCUCCCAUUACCUCCUACACUCACUGCUCUGUAUACAGGAGUUUCAUGUUAUCUGACCCCUCUUUUCUGCACUCUCACUCUCUCAUGGGGUACUGUGCUUGCAGCACAAACCAUAAGGGGCCAGUGACAUGGUUUAUUUCAUUUAUAGGAGAGAGAAUUUAAUAUAAGACUCACUGAAGAAAAUGCACAACUUAAGGAAGAAAAGCAGGUAAUUUAUAUAUUAAUAAUAAUAAUAAUAAACAAUAAAUUUUAUUUAUAUCCCGCCCUCCCCAGCCGAAGCCGGGCUCAGGGCGGCUAACAACAAUAAAACAGUAUAAAAGUACAGCAUAAACAACACUCUAAAAUCAAUCAUUAUAAAAUUAAUUAAUUAAGAAUAUAUUAUAUAUCAAUGACAUUUAUUAAGAACAUGUGCAAUUAAAAUUACAGCUUUGUAUAGUAAACUUUGUAGUUCACUGAGAUAUGUAUACUUUUAGGUCUUUUUUAUUUGCUGUGUUAAUGAUGUGGUUGAACAGUUCCUUUUGUACCAUAGCCAGUAUGAAGCUGCAAGAUGUUAAGUAACUGAUGGCAGUCAUUAAGCCAUGGCAGUCAUUAAGCCAUGUUGUCAAAGGAUGAAUCCAUAUAAAGUUAAAAUAAGAGUGCUUAGAGUCCUAUGGCCUGGGGGGAAAUGUACGACCAUUGUUGAGAAGGCCUUCCCUGGUUACUCAGAUAGACAGUUGAAUCAGGACUGACCCACACAUGAGACAAGGUGAGGCGACCACUUCAGGUGGCAGGAUCCACAGGGACAGCAGAUCCUGUCUCCAAAGAAUGCAUUGCCUGCUGCUGCUGUGAAACAGCUGCAGCACACUCCUUGGAGGUUGUAUCUGCCAUGUUGGAAGUUCCCCCUUGCCACCUCUACAGCGACCUCUAGGUGAAUAGGAGGCACAGCUGGUCUCCUCCCAUUCUCCCCUUGUUCCUGAUGUAGGUAUUCACUCACUCAUUCUUCCCUGGUGGUUGCGGUGGUGCCAUUUUGUGGCUUGCCUCAGGUACCAAAAUGUCUUCGGCUGGCUCUGAGUUGAAUCCAAACAUUUCUAUUCAGAAGCAAGCCCCAUUAAGUUCAGCGAGACAUACACUCAUGUAAGUGUAUGCAAGAUUGCAGCCUUAUAGUCAAAGGAUGCUCCUUGACUUCAUCAUCACAACUGAAACUUUAGAUUCUAGCAGUGGGUUGGGAGCGCUUUACUACCAAAAUUUCAACUCCCAGCUCCCAAAGACAUAUGCAUGAGAUUGUAGCCUUAAAUUGUGGAUGUUGUGCUUUACCUAAUCUGCUAAUGCAUUUUAAGAAAACUAAGAAAAUAUUUUAUUGCUAUAGAAAUGGUAAACAAACACUCCACAAAUACUUUAUAAUAGUAAGCCUACUCAAAGACAAGCUAAAUAUUUAUUUAUUUAUUUAUUUAUUUAUUUGUUUGGACAAGGUAUUCAAUCUGUAAAACAUUUGUGUGAGUUUUACUACUGGCAUUAUAGAUGUUUGAUUCCAGUGUAUUUUGAAUUGAGAAUCUCAAAUAUAUAAUUACUUUAAAUCAUAUACGAUGAGUUUGGUGAUCUGAUACUUGUUUUCACAAUGCAUGAUACAAAUUUGCAUGACUUGGAGCAUCUCUAGUAUUGAAACCUGAAGACCCAAGAAACAUAUUAAUUUGAUGUGAAAUAAUACAUCCUGAAUUGGUAAUGCUGUUUAGGUUUACCAAUAGAACUUUACUGACAUGACUGUUAAAUUAUGAACCUGUAAUUAGUUAUCUUUAUAUAAUUUUCCCCCCUCCCCCCAAUAUUGUGCAUGUUGCUUAGAAGCUCAGAAUGGUCUAGUCAUGGGAGCAAUAAAACGCUGAAUUUCAGCUGCAGCAGUUUGAAACUUCAAGUUGUAUGAGAUUAACCACUACUUCAUACCCCUCUGACCUUCAAGCCAAUAUGCCAUUAUAUUCUCCCAGUCUUUUACCUUUGACAUUUAGGAUAAGGAGGCCUCUGGUUAUGAUUGAACCAUCUUCCUACACAAGUAUAACAAUAGCAACAUUUAAAUAAAGAAUUUACAAAUAUAUAUGCAUAUCCUGUUGUGCUCAGCUUUACAGAAUAAUCCUGUCAUUUAAAAGAGAAUGCAUUUCUUUUAUUAAAAAGGAAAUGAUUGCGUCUCUACAACAUAUGCAGCAACUGCUCUGCAGACAAACUGAAGCUAAUACCAGAAUGUCAUUGAAUGAACUAGAAGAAGCAUGUCAGGUCAGAUAUUUCUUGAUUAGAAACUUGAUGGGAAUCUGCUAAAUAAUUUUAUAAAAAUUCUUGUUGUUGUUGUUGUUGCUGUUGUUGUUGUUGUUGUUGUUGUUGUUGUUGUUACCCACCCCCUUCACCCUAAGAUCCCAGGACAGGUUACAUUUUAUAAUAAAACAUUAAAAACAAAUUACAAGAUUUAAAAUACUUUAGAAAGUAUUUUAAACUUGUUAAAAAGAUUGUCAUAUGCUCUUUAGAAUUUAAAACUGUCACCCUAUCAGGCUGAACCCUGAGCUCUAUCCUGUGGCUUUCCAUAGAGCUGGAUGAGGCAACAUGAUAAUUAUAGUAAAUUUCAAUUUUAGUAAUUUCGGAUAUGCACUAUUCUUCCAUGCAUAUUUCUCCAAAGCACAGUUUUACGAUCAUGAAGGGGGUCCUUUCCCCACUGCUAUUGACCAGGUGUGCUUAUACUCUGCUGAAUGCAAUGGAAUCUGCCGGGCUAUUUCUGACAAAAUGGGGGCCUCACAUAUUUCAUAUACUAGAUCUCCUAGUGUGCAACAUAGUAUAACCAGGCUUUUUGUUGAGUCAGCAUGUAUGCCAGGGGUCUGAAAAUGAGUAUGUUGCUAUUUAGACAGCACCUAUUUAGACAAGGUUACCAUGUCAGCAGUUUAUAAACUUAUGAAUGGGAGAAAGCAAAAGAUAAAGGCAGUUCUCACAGUACUAGAAUGCAGGGUCAAAUCAGUGAGUUAAAAGACAGCUAGUUAAGUGCAACAGAUUGAGGACGUUUUUCAACAGAAGACAUAGUAGGAUUGCAUCUAGUGUAAAUGCUGCAUGAAUGGAAAGAGCUUCCAUUCAUGGAAGGAAAGUUGCACUCAUGGAAGGAUCCCAUCUAUAUGUAUAACUUUCUCUUCUGUUCCUGGAGGAUGCAACCUCUAGUUAACAAGGUGUGAUGAUGGCCAUGGUUGCUAUAUUGGCUUAAAAAAACCCCAAUUAGACAAAUUAAUGGAGGAUAGGUCUACAAACAACUGUUAGACAGUUGAAAGGAAUGAAAUCUCCAUGUUUGGAGGCAACAUACGUCUGUUUACCAGAUGCUUGAAACAAACAGGGAUGGCCAUCCAUUAUGCUCUGCUAGUAUGCUUCCAGAAGCCUUUGCCUGACCAUAGCGGAGAAAGAAUGAUGGCUCUUUAGUCUAAUACAGCAGCACACUUUGCACAUCUUUUCUGGCAGAUUUGCAAUUUGUUCUUAUGCUGGCAGACAAAAGAAUCUUCCUAUAAUAUAACCUGCUUAGAGUAGUUCUAUCAGCAAUUUAACUAGCAGUGCAUUCAGCAAAACUGCAUAAUGAUGGUAUCAGGAACCAGUAUCAGACAAUACUCUGCUACCUACGGUAUGUGUGUGUUGGUGGUGGGAAUCAUGCCUCCCACUCAUUGCAUCAGUUCCCUUUCUGAGGCCAGAGGACAUCCACAUGCGAGUAUAAUACUUUAAUGAAGCAUACACGUUAAAUGCAAUGUAUGUAGGCUUGGAUAGCAUAGUUUAUAUGUUUUAGAUAAAAUCUAGUAAUUGACCAUGUGAUCUGGGCCUGUGUAUUUAUGCCCUGUUGAAAAUACAUAGCUGUGCAAGGACGCCUUGCAGCCAUGUCAGUGGAAGAGCCGUAUUGUGUUUGCAGGGACGGAAGGAGUACAGGCGGUGACCAUUCUAGGUGUGUCCAGUUGAUGCAUCAUUGCUGACACAUAGAUCUUUUUGGAUUCGUAAAAGAGCGGAAUGGGUUUAUGCAUGCAGGCCCAGGGACGGAAAUUGGUUCAAACAGGGCCAAAGAGUUUUAGAAUCCUGUGUAACAAACCUUGACCUCUGGUUCCAUUAAUUUUUAAAAUGAUUUUACAUUUCACUUUUUUAUAAAAUCUGUGAAAGAUUUUUUUUAAAAAAUCUCUCAAGCAGUAAAUGGAACCAUUGUUGUUGUUUAGUCGUUUAGUUGUGUCCGACUCUUUGUGACCCCAUGGACCAGAGCACACCAGGCAGGGAUAAUUGCAUGGAAAGGAUACGUCAGGUCUCUUUUCUCCCUCAAGCAUUCUAUAUGUUUUGAUUUAUUUAAAAAGAAAGCAACAACAGCAAAAUUCAAAACUGUGCAGUAUCCCGACCACAAUUAGCGAAGGCAUCUAUCAAUCUAGAUGGACUCCACUAGCCAUGCUGGCUGGAGCUGUUGAGUCCAGCACCAUCUAGAGGGCCCCACAUUCUAGGUAAAUCUUACACUUUUUUCUUUCAUUCUCCAAAUAAUCACCGUAGUGUGCAUAGCCAACAGUGUUUCAGAAAUGUUCAGUGUCGUAUAAGUUCAGAAGUACUGUCUGUAGAAAAAGGCAACUCAGCAAAUAAUUAAUUUUGAAAGAGAGCUUUUAUGGACUCUUCCCAACCCCAGAAAUGGUUUUAAAGAAUCACAGAAACCAUGCAUAGUCACCAUUUAUCUAAAUGCACUAACACUGUUUACAUUGGCAAAUUUGAUCACAUCAUCUUAUAUUAGGUAGUGGAUACACUGGGUUGUAUCCCUUUUAUUCAUUUUCAAAAAUGUGAAGAGGGCAAAAUUGUAUAGUACCUGAGAGAUGUAUGAGAAUUUUUACUACUGAUUUAUGCAAGAUUACUUUAAUUUAUCAAUGUGACAGCAAAGCUGACAAUGAGUUAAUCCAGAAAUGUUAAGACAAGUAUGGCAGUUUAAAAUCCUUCUUAGUGUACUGCCUUGCACACUGCUGGUGCUACGUAAAUGUGAAAUAGCAGUAGAAAUAGCAUACCAGUAUUCUUUUAACACAGAUUUAAUUUCAUUGAACCAACUUAAAAAUGAAAUAGGAAAAUCAAACAAGAAAAACUACAGACUGGAAUUUUUGCAAUGGUGUUUCACAGUCCUUAAGUUAAUCUGAACUCUAUAUUAUAUGGAAUGUUAAUAAAAUUCAGGUUUGAUUAUUGUAAUAAAAAUAUGUUCUAGGAUGUGCUGUAGUGUUUAUCUUCGCAAACAAAGGUUUAGAAUGUGCUACAUUUCAUAUUUCUUAGCUCUGCACUUUAUAUUACUUUUUCAGCACAUUAAAACUUAUGCAGUGAAACUGAAUAAUGGCAAGUAUUUUUAUACCCUUUUAUAGCCAUUUCUUUUUCAUAACCUCCCCCUGUUUCCUGUUAGCUAAACUAUAAGCACCUUUCUGUUAAUUUAUGAAAAUUAUUGUUGUGAUAGCACAUUAUCACUGAUCUGUAUGGCACUUUCAGCAUGUUAGAAGAAAAGGUCCAAGCAACAUAAAACACAUCAAAAUUCAUUAAUGUGGUAUUGAUUAUUUUUUGGAUAAUUAAUUUUAUUGCAGACCCUUGAAAGAGAUAAUGAGCUGCAAAGGGAGAAGGCAAAAGAAAAUGAAGAAAAGUUCUUUAAUCUUCAGAAUGAAUAUGAGAAAACACAAGCAACUUGGAAAAAUGAAGUAGGGCCCCCCUCCCAUUUAAAUACUACUGAAUUAACAAGGUUACCAGGAAGUAAGAAAAACAUUCAAAAUAAUUCCAAAAGUUCAAGAAGCUAUUAUUAACUAAAACAAGAAAAGGCAUAUUUUAGAAAUCUAUCUAGUUCAUACAUUGGAGAUAUUAGAAUAAUUGUUUGAGAGCUUUUAGGUAUCUCAGUACGAGAUACGUUUUCCUCAACUAUGACAGCACCUCAGCGAAUUGAAAGAUUUCUGGUUCGCCAGAAGCAGCUUAGUCAUGCUGGCCACAUGACCCAGAAGCUGUCUGCGGACAAACGCCGGCUCCUUCGGCUAAUAAAGCGAGAUGAGCGCCGCAACCCCAGAGUCUGUCACGACUGGACCUAAUGGUCAGGGGUCCCUUUACCUGUACCUUAAAAAAGGAUUAGAAAAAUUCAUGGAGGCUAUGUUCUAUCUCUGAAUACUAGGCGCUGGGAAUCAUAGGUGGGCAGAAUGCUGCUGGGCUGAUAUCCUGUUUGCAGGCUUCACACAGACAUCUGGCUGAGCACAGUGAGAACAGGAUGGUGGACUGGAUGGGCCAUUGGCAAUUGAUUCAACAGGCUUAUCUUAUAUUCUUUUAAGGAGGGGUACCAACAGUUGCUGAAGAGGGGAGCAAAUUUCAUAGAGGUGUAAAUGUCUGUGAAAUACAGUGGUACCUUGGGUUACAGACGCUUCAGGUUACAGACGCUUCAGGUUACAGACUCUGCUAACCCAGAAAUAGUACCUUGGGUUAAGAACUUUGCUUCAGGAUGAGAACAGAAAUCGCAUGGCGGCAGCGGGAGGCCCCAUUAGCUAAAGUGGUACCUCAGGUUAAGAACAGUUUCAGGUUAAGAACGGACCUCCAGAAUGAAUUAAGUUCUUAACCCGAGGUACCACUGUACCCAUUUUCCCAUUUCAGCUCAAUAGUAAUAGAAACAUGUGCUCCUUUUUGAUUGCAGGUUGCCGAGACAGGUUAUGAAAAUCAAAUGCAUACAAGCCAAGCAGGAAACAAAUACACACAAAAAUCAAAAGAAGUUACUAAUAAUCUUGAACAAAGAGACAUUGGAUUAAAAACUACUCGGUCUUUGAAUUUGGAUGAAAUAAAAGCAAAACAAAGCAAUACUGAUAUAAACACAGGGGAAGAGGAAUCAAUUAGUGUUGAAGGUACAUGUGUGUGUGUGUGUGUAAUUAUUUAAAAAAAACAGUCCAGAAGAUGUUGAUCUAAACUAAGUGUGCUAAAGAAAAACUAAAAUAAAAUAAUUAUUUUUUAGCUAUGGUAACUAAAAUACAUAGGCUAAAAUGUAUUCUCAGAAUCUCACAUUACUGAAAUACAUAUUCAUUGCCAAAUGCUCAUAUUAAAAUUGCAGCCUAAUACCCUCACCCUGAUAUCCAUGAGAGCAUUAGCACCCCCACACCAUCCAACAAAUAAUUGUGGGUGGGGAAUAGGAUGUCUGCACUGCUUUGCUUACUUCAGCAGGACAGAACAAAGCCAGGCUGAUAAAACUAUGAGAUGCCAAGUAAGGGCAAUGAGAUUAUGGAUUUCAAGGGUAUGGAAUGAGUGAAAAGCAGGGCUAGGAAUGCAUCUUGCAGUAAAACAAACAGGGCUGCUGGUGUUCUAGACAAACUUCUGGGCCUUAGUGAUAAAUUUAAAACUGACCACUUCUGAUUGGCAUCCAUCUGAGAGUUCUUAAAGAACUGAAAUGUGUUAUUGUUUAUCUUCUAAUAAAACAUGUAACUUGCCACUAAAAUCACCUUCCAUAGAUCCGAUGACUAGUAAGUAGUCAAUGUGACACCAGCUUCUAAAAAGAGAUGAAGAGGGGAUCCAGGCUAUUACAGGCUGGCUAUUUUAACAUCUGUUCCAGGACAACUGGUGGAACGAUUAUUAAAGAUAGAAUUAUCAAGAAUAUAGAAGAACAAAUCUUGCUGAAGCUGAACAAGAAUAGCUUUUGCAAGGAUCACUCACUAAUAUAAUCAUAGAAUUGUAGAGUUGGAAGGGACCCUGAGAAUCAUCUAGUCCAGACCUCUGCAGUGCAGGAAUAUGCAGCUGACCUCUACAGGGAUCAAACCUGUAACCUUGGUGUUUUCAGCACCACACUCUAACCAACUGAGCUAUCUUUUAGAUUUCUUUCAGAGUGAAAACAAGCAGUCUUUACUUAUAUUUUCAAAAAGCUUUUGAUAAGUUCCCUCACCAAAGAAUCCGGAAUAAGCUUAGCAGUCAUAGAAUUAGAGGUGAGGUCCCUUUGCAGAUCAGUAACUGGUUAAGGAAUAGGAAUUAGGAGUAAAUGAACAGUUCUCCCAAUGGAGUCUUCCUGGGAUCAGUAUUGGGACUUUUGCUGUUUACAUUUUUCAUAAAUGAGAAAGAGUUACGGGUGAGCACUGAAGUAACCAAAUUUGUUCAUGAUAUCAAAUAGUUCAGUGUGGUCAAAAAGGGAUGGCAAGGAGCUGCAAAAGGAUGUCUCAGACUGGGUUAAUGGGCAGUAAAAUAGAAAAUGUGAUUCAAUGUAAGUGUGAAAUGAUGCACAUUCUGGGGAAAAAAUCCUAAUAUUUGCAUAUAUACUAAUGGGGUCUGAAUUUGAUGCAACUGACCAGGAAUGAGACCUUGUGGUUCUAGUGGACUGAUGAAGAUGUCAACCCAGUAUGUGGCUGCUUUGAAAAACGGAUUGAAAAUAUAAGUGCCAAUAUCAUAAUGCCAUUAUACGAACCUAUGGUGCAGCCACACUUGGAAUACUGGUCACUUCAGCACAAAAUGGAUAUUGCAGAGCUGGAAAAAGUACAAAAAGGACAACCAAGAUGAUCAAGGAGUUGGAAUAACUCUUCUAAUGGGGUCUUUUUUAAUUUAGAAAUUAAAGUUCUAACACUAGAACUCAGAGCCAUCCAAUAAAGCUGAACAUUGGAAGAUUUGGGACAGAUAAAAGAUAGUACUUCUUCACAAAGUGCAUAGUUAGGACUUGGCUCGCACAAUAUGUAGUGAUUGAUAGCCACCUACUUGGAUGGCUUUAAAACAGGAUUAGACAAAUUCAUGGAGGAACUAACUAUGAUUAAAGUGUCAAUACAUCCUUUAUUUGAACUAUAUUUGAAAGCAUUCAUCCUUCCAAUUUUCAUCAUUAAAAUCUUUUCACCCAACAGAUUUGGAUUGUCUUGAGAAUAUUAUGAAUGAAGACAAUGCAGUUUGCCAUUUCAAUAAAAAUCGAAAGGAGGCUUCUCCAAGCAAAGUUAUCUGCACAGCUCAUUUCAUUACUCCAGAACUAACUUGUGGGUCAGGUGUUGCUGGGUGUGGAGGAACAGCAGCCGAAGGAAAAGAAGACAGAAAGGAGUUUGAUAAAAUACAGACAAGGAUAGAAGUAAACUCCUCAAACAGUUGCUGUUCAUUGGUGGAAGAACCCAAGAUGCUCUUAGAAAGCACUGCAGCUUUGGAUUGUUCUACUCCAGAUACUGAUCAUCGUACUAAACUCAAUGAGCAUCUAGAGAGAAAUGUAAGGAAUAAAUUUAUUUUUGAUAUAAAUGAAAAUAUUAACAAUGCACCCCAUGAGGGAGCUUCUUCCACAAAUAAGGCACUCGCUGAAGAAUCCAAAGUUCAGGAUAUUGCUACUAGUGAGGAAAUUACAAAUGGCCUGUCGAAGACUGAAACUAGUUCCAUCUUGUCACAAAAGGUGGAGAAUAAUUACACAAACCUGCACAAUGUGUGCUUUGAUAGAUAUGAUGACAUUUGUAAAGAAACACCAAGUCAGAGCUCCAGUUCCACAAUUUCCAAUAUUCUUUUAGGUAAAGAGAGUAAUACUAAUCCUGAAGAAAUACAUAGUGAUAAUGCAUGCGAAAACAACAAAUGCUGUGAACAAAGUAGUACUUGCAGCACACAAGAGAAAAUUCCACCUUCACCUGCUUCCUCAAAUGACAAUUUAGGUGUAAAUACUCUGAUUACCACUGAUGGGAACAUGAAUCAUCUGCCUCUAAUUAUGAAUUUUAAUUUAAAUGCUGAAAACCCAUCUAAAUAUAUAAAUGACAUACCAAGCAGACAAUCUGAUAAAGAUGAUUCCAUACUGACAGAAGUCACAGAAAAGACACCUGAAAGUACAAACGAGUCUUUGUCUCUUCACCCUAAAAAUGUAUGUGAAUCUCAGAUUGAAGAUUUGAAAGUUAAUAAAUUUGCAGAAGAUGAACAAAAGGAAUUGCAUACACCCAAAACUACAUGUGAACAAUCCUUUGUGGUUUGUGAGAAACAGGGCAUACAGAUAAAAGAAAGGGAAGAGCCAUCAAGUAGUCCGGACACAAGGGAAAUGAUUGUGAAAGGAAGCACAGAAGAAUCACGUUCCUUAUCCUUAAAGACAAGAGAAGAUUUAGUAAACAGAAGUGGAGGGCCACCCUUUGACUCCGCAACUAUGGAUAAAAAAGCAGAAAAAACUUCAGCAGACUCAAAUUUACCAAGGGUAUGUGAAGGUGAAAUUCAAACAGUUUGCAAUUCAGCUUCCAAAAAGGUUCCAUCUUUGAAAGAAAAGCUACUUUCGCAAGAAGUUAAAAAACAAAGUUCAUGGGAAGUAGAGCAGACUAUGAAUAUGAAUGCUGCCAUAAGAGAAGAUACGUUAGGUAAGAAAUUAAGUGUUUUGUUUUGUUUUGUUUAUUAUAGUUCUAUGCCGCUUUUCAUUUGAAUGAAUCCCAAAGCAGCUUACAAAAAAUAGUAACAUCAUCACAAAUAAAGCAUAAAUUGUGUAGAAUAAGUAACAAAUAAUCAGUGAAGGUUACACUGUUAACAACUAAAAAAUAAGAUAAACAUCAAAAUUAAAACAAAAGUUGCAUUAUAUGAUUAAUAUAGCAUUUAUAAUCUAUAAAACAAAAUAAACUUUGACAAAAUAGCCCGAAAAUAAACUGAGCACUGUUAUGUUCAUACACAUACUCUCUGCACCCCCUUAACUCAGAAUCUUUCACUCUAUUCAGCUCAUUAAAAUGCACGUACACAUAAAGCCCAUGGCAGCAACUCUCUUCUGAAGGACUCUGGCUGGAAGUGGGGCAGCACAGAUGAAACUACCCACCUGCUGAUGGCUGUCGCUCUCCCGACAGUUCUUCCUCUGGAAGCAGCUCCCUUAUGAAGGCUCCUAGGGCUGAAUGGUAGGGCUCCAGCUGUUUUUGGACUACAGUUCCUGUCAUCCCUGACCACUGGUCCUGCUAGCUUGGGAUGAUGGGAGUUGUAGUCCAACAGUAGCUGGAGUCCCAAGUUUGGGAAACGCUGCUUUAGAAGAGUAAAAAGGCUGAGAGUAUGGGCCCCUUUACAGGCAUAGGGCUUGGUGCAAUUCUACCAUCUGCACCCUUAUACACCUAGCUAUGUACCCUUGCUAUAUUUGAAGGUGUAAAGAUCAAUUUUGAUUGGCUACCGACCUUGUUUGGACAUUUGGAUGGCAUAUCAAUUUGUAUGUGUAAAUUACCGUAUUUUUCGCCCUAUAGGACACACUUUUCCCCCUCCAAAAAUGAAGCGGAAAUAUGUGUGCGUCCUAUGGGGUGAAUGCAGGCUUUCGCUGAAGCCUGGAGAGCGAGUGGCGUCGGUGCGCACCGACCCCUCUCGCUCUCCAGGCUUCAGGAAGCUAUCCGCAAGCCUUGGGAGCCCGGCGGGAGUGCCCGACGGGCUCCCAAGGCAUGCGGGCAGCAGCUGCAGCACCGGGCGCACUGAGAGCAGAUGUCCGCAGCCUCGGAAGCUGCAGCCCGAAGCACAGGGGCGCACUCUGGAGCGCGCCCCGUGCUUCGCGCAGAUGUCUGCAAGCCUUGCGAGCAACAGCUUGUUCUGCGGGGCUGGGGGCGGGGGAAGCCGGAGCUUCCCCCGACCCCAGCCCCGCAAGCAAGCUCCGGGAGCGAUGGCGAGGUUGCGCAACCUCGCCUUCGCUCCCGGACCCCCAUCCUGAGGCUAAAAAUGAAGCCAGGACAGUUAGCGGGAUCCAUCCCGCUCGCUGUCAUGGCUUCUUUGCUCUUUGGGGCUCGGGUGGGAAAUAAUUUUUUUUCUUUAUCCCCCCCCCCAAAAGUAAGUGUGCCCUAUGGGUCGGUGCGCCCUAUAGGGCGAAAAAUACGGUAAAAUGGAUGCAGUGGUGGUCACUGUAUGGUUAAUGCAAGCUGAUCUGGUUCUCUUCUUUUCUUCUUUAUAAAUUUGCAAAAAAAGACCCAAAUCAAAGAACAACCAAAAGUAAACAAACUUAGAAUAUAUUUGGCUCUUCAACAGCCUGCUAUGAAAGUCGGGAAGCUGCAUGUCCCAAUUUUACAGAUGCCAGGCCUCUGUUUGAAGGGAUGCCCGGUCCAUGUCCAGUUUAAAGUUAAAGAAUGCUAAUAAGCGAGCGCAGGGGGCCUGAAACAGCCCAUCAACAGUCAGCACUUGGAGAGGAGAUUGAGAAGACACACACAUCCACAAUAUCUGUUCAUGGGUCACUCUUCUUGUGAAUUGUACUGUGUUUCUUUACCUACCCCAAAUCUGAGAUCACACACAACUAAAAACAAGCAUAACCUAGUAACGAUAAUCCUUACAAGCCACACACAUAUACAGACACCUUGACAUGCCUUCUCCUUUCCUUAUCUCUUGUCUGUGUUUGUUAUUUUGAGUUAUAGAGGAGGCAAGAAGGAAUCUAAAUAAGGCUAGAGAGGUCUCCUGUAGGCUUCCAGAGCUCCAUCCAUGAGUUGAGCAGAAGAGUUCUGUGGGUGUUUUCCCAUGUGUUGUCUGAGUCCUACCCAUUUGGUUUAUGUUAAUGGGUUCUUUAAGCAAAAAGGCAGUAAACAAUGCUUUUGCACAAGUAGCUUUUUGAUUUCUAAAAUGGUUUGAUAUUCCUUUUCCAAAAUAAAAAAAUAAUAUUAUAAAUUAAUUACGUAUAAUGUUGUGUCAAAACCUAUUUUCUGUACUUUAAUGUAAUGGUGGGUUUUUUAUGGAUCAGAGAUAAAAUGGGGUUUAGCACUAUAUAAUUAGUACCUAGAGAAUAAGAGGCAGUUGUUACCAUUUCCUCUUUGUCAAUCAGUUUCUACCCACAGUAAUGGAAUUGCUGACACUUUGAAUACCGGAAGUAUCAAUCCAGGCCCCAAGAGAAAUCCCAGUGAAGAAUGGAAUGCAAUAGUAAAGACUUUUUAUGAUCCCUCUUUUCCCACAGAACACGUAAGUCAAUUAAAAAUAUUGCAGAGCAGACCUUGGUGAGCUAACUCCAGAGAUAUGUGUAGAACUGUAUGCAUCUGGAUGCUUUAAGACCUUCUUGAUCUCCAAAAUAAUAUCAAGAGGGCAAAUGUGGCAACAUUUUUCACAAUUAAAGUUGAUGGAAAACAGCAGGAAAAAGUCACAGCAUAUAAAUCAACUGGAUCUUAGCCAGUCUGCUUGAAUUGAAAACUAUGUCUUAACAAUAACUUACCAAGCAAAAAUUCAAGCAUAUUAUAUUACUUUUGUUUACUUUUCAGCCAUUGUUUCAGAUACCAAGAAUCUACAAGACUGAAGGCAGUACAAUGUACUUCAUAACAUUUGCUUUAAAACUGUAUUUGUUUGGAACACAUGCAUUCAAUAUUUUAUUUUUGUAGUUUGUAGUUUCCUGUCACCCAAUCUAAAUCUGUUCUUAGAGAUGAAAGUAUACCUAACAUUUUAUUUAGUUCCUCAAUCUCAGGGGUCAGCAAACUUUUUCAGCAGGGGACCGGUCCACUGUCCCUCAGACCUUGGGGGGGGGGGGCUGGACUAUGGUGUUUUUUUUUAAUUCCUAUGCUCCACAAAUAACCCAGAGAUGCAUUUUAAAUAAAAGUACAUAUUCUACUCAUGUAAAAACAUGUUGAUUCCCGGACCGUCUGCAAGCUGGAUUUAGAAGGUGAUUCGGCCAGAUCCGGCCCCCUGGGCCUUAGUUUGUCUACCCAUGCUCAAUCUCUUAUGUAAUAACAAUACUAAACACAACAUGUUCAAAUUAGUACUUGACAUUAACAAAGUGGAUCUUCACUUUUAGAAACUACAAAGUAUUUACUAUUUUAAACCCGACUACACUGAAAGAAAACAAAAGCAAAUGUGCAUUUAGGUUGAUCCGGCAAGUUAAUCAGUUUUGUACGUGACCAAUCCAUCAACUACAUCAUGAAAUAAAGUAAGUCAUGCUAGAGCACUGUACCAUCAUAUGUGGCACAAAUCUAGUAAGACAAAAAAAAGGCAAUUUGGCAAAAAUACAGUAUGCCUGAGGAGUGCUCCACCCUAUUAAAAACAGGCUUUGUGUAGUGCUGUCUGGGGCUUAUUGAGAAGAUCUCUCUUUUCCUGCCCUCCUGAGACCAAUCUUUGGUUAGGGUCUCAAGCAAUCAAAUUGACUCAUUCUUCCUUUUUUCAUAAGACACCUGGAACAUUCAGUACCUCAACAAUAGGCUUAACUACUAGACUAUUCCCAGUUCCUUUAGACUCAGACCACCCCUGGGGCAAGUUGCAAGCCCUCCUCAAACUGAGUUUGUGGCUCUGAAAUACUUCUACUUGGAACAAAAUCUGAGUGGGAGAACACCACCUGAUUCCUCCCCCCACCCCGCUUGUUUUCCUAUUCCCCAAAGCCAUCCUAGCUACCUUACUUGCCUUACAUUGUUAGUAAUCACAACUGAUUGUGGUGGCAGGGGCAUAGCAUGGGGGGCCAUGACCCCAGGUGCAGAAUCUUGGGCACUCCCCCCCCACAUGUGAGCGUGUCAGCAGUGGAGACUGGAUGAGCGUGGAGGGCUCCCUCCAUGCAUUCACCCAGCCCCUGCAGGGCAUGCGAGUACCCUCUGUGCUCUGUCUGCACCUGGGCACCAGCAGGGGUGGGACAGGGUGUGAAAGGUGCUCUUUACCCUCCAUGCACUGUCCCACUCCCCCCCAGUAAUAUUUGAAGAAUUUUAAAUUAGAAAUUGGCAGGAAGUUUAGAGAAUCUUCUUUUACAAAACAAUCUUCAUGUACAUGUGGGAAAGGAUAGGAAUUGUGCUUCCUUUUAAAGUGCAAUCAAUGCCCAUUUGUAAAUCAUAACUGCAAUCUGAUAGAGAGGGACGUUUCCCAGCACUUACUUGUCGUUUUGGCACCAAAAAACGCUCUGUAGUUCCAAGCUUUUAAGAUACAAUUUUAAUCUUCCUUGCCUUGCCUGCUUUUGUAAUUUGAUGGCAUUUUAUUUUGUUUACAUUUCAAUUUUUUUUUGUUUCUUUAAAAAUGCACUGGGAAUAUGAUUGAAGGCCAGUACAAAAAUACCCACAGAUGCCAAUUCGUUAUAUCUCCAAUACGUAAACAGCAGAAAUCAGUGCAUAAACACCCAAUGUAUAUGCCUAUAUAAUGUCUAGAAGAGUGUCCAGUGGAGUGUUGAUCAGCCAUGAGAAAAUGAAAUCUUUAAUGUCUUAUGUGUGGAUUUUAGGUCACAACAGAGUGCCCAUUAGGACAACAGAAGACUUCUCAACCACUCUCAGAAGUCAGUGCAGCUAUUUUAAAGCAGAGCUCACAGAACACUGAAGAGAAAGACUGGAAAUCACAAAAUGUCUUCAUAAAAACACGAAUUGACAAUAUUGAAAGGUUUCUGCAUUUAAAAAGUUUUGGCCACCCAAGAAAGAGAAAGCACGAGGAAGAUACAGAAAAAACAUUAACAACAGAUAAAGCAGAAGCAUAA